AUGGCAACAGGGAGGACACAACAGAAUGAACAGGCUGGACAGUCUCAACCUCCUACUUUGCCUUAUUACAUGAGAGGUAUGUAACUGGGGCUGCAAAACAAUGAUAGAUCUCAACUAUGUGUUCAUAGUCCUGUGAAAAGAAUAAAGGGGGGUUCCUAUGUGAUCUGUAAUAAGGAGUGAGCUAUAGCAGGUGCAACUGGAGUUGGAACCACCUGUCAAUUUCCAUCCCUCUCAAUUUCUCUAAUAUUCAGUUCUCCACAUUUCUGCAGCAAUUUGUGAUUCUUUCCACAACCCCCUCCCCACAAACCCUCAUGAUAAUUCAUCAGCAUUUAGUAUGAAUUUCUCCUUAUAAACACAUUUUUCCCAUGCAGUUCUGAUUAUCAUUUUUGCAAGCCCUGUCCCCAUAACGCAAUGCUUUUUUAUAUGUUAUUUUCAUGAAUAUAGACAUUUUAAUGCACACGUCCCCUAAUAUGUGCACUUUUGUACACACAUUUUGGUUGGAGAACUGCACCACUAAAAGUGUGAACUGUGAAGAACAGUUGGGGCUAGAGCUGUGCAUUUGCUCAAGAAAUGUAGUUUCCUGUUAAAAAUGCAAACAAAAUUAAAUUUCCCCCCUUUCCCUGGGUGCAAUGCAGCUUGCAGGGAAAGGUGGGGGAGGCAGUUUGUUGACUUGGCAGAAUACAAGCCUUCCUCCCCUCUUGGGCUGCAGCAGUGGGUACAGAUGAGUUUCAUGCUGCCCAGCUGUUACAUAUCCUUAAGUGGAGAGGCAUUUAUUCCCCAUUCACCAAAUUCAGAGCAAUUCCCAACCAGCAAUCUCUGGUCCUGCAGCCCAUAAAUUGAUAAGCAUGCACAUAGGCAUGCUUUCAACGUAAGGUAUGAACAAGUUUCCUCAUAGCUUUGUACUUAAUUGAUUCAUUUGUCAUAUUUAUAGUUUGCUAUAUACCUAAAAGUCUCAGGGUGGGAAAGCAUUAGUUGUUGUUUUUUAAAAAAAAUUACAAUAAACCCAACAUUUCAGUAAAAUGUGCAACGAAAACACUAUACAGGUGAUAUAUAAACCUACCCAAAUAGCUCCUAAAACCUCACUCGCCUCCCAAAGGCUGAGUUAAAUAGUCUUCAGCUGCCAGUGACAAUGUUGACACUGGAGGCACACUAGAGAGGAGGUUUUUCCAGAGAGAGGGAGCCACCACAGAGAAGGUCCUGCAAUGUGUUGCUACUCCCCUUAAGACUUCCUCAAGUGAUGGAACCUAAUUUCUAAUUUAAUACUUUGUUGCUCUGUAUGAAUGUUCCAUGGUAAAAGCACAAAUAAAUACACUAGCUCUUAAUUUGGGAGUACUGUAUACAUCAGGAGGUCUCUGUAAAUAUUCACUUCUACUAUAUAUAUAUUAGAGAAAGGCAGAAAUUUAUUUAUUAUUCUGGAAUUUCUUCAGAAUCUGGAAAGAAGAUUCUGUCCCAGCCAAGGAGGAGUGGUAGACUAAAUUGAUGGACUAUGCUGAAAUGACAAAACUUACGGGAGCAAUAAGAAACUAAGACGGGGGUGGGGAGGGCUUUAUCAAAGACUGGGCAAAAUGUGUGGACUAUUUGAAAUGUUUUUGUACACAUAUAAGUUCAUUAUCAGGAUUAACUUAAAACCAAGCAGUUGAAAUAAAUGUUAGAGGAAAACUGUUGAUGUUGUUUAGUCAUUUAGUCAUGUCCGACUCUUCGUGACCCCAUGGACCAGAGCACGCCAGGCACUCCUGUCUUCCACUCCCUCCCACAGUUUGGUCAGACUCAUGCUGGUAGCUUCAAGAACACUGUCCAACCAUCUCGUCCUCUGUCAUCCCCUUCUCCUUGUUCCUUCCAUCUUUCCCAACAUCAGGGUCUUUUCCAGGAAGUCUUCUCUUCUCAUGAGGUGUCCAAAGUAUUGGAGCCUCAGCUUCACGAUCUGUCCUUCCAGUGAGCACUCAGGGCUGAUUUCCUUCAGAAUGAAGAGGUUUGAUCUUCUUGCAGUCCAUGGGACUCUCAAGAGUCUCCUCCAGCACCAUAAUUCAAAAGCAUCAAUUCUUCAGCGAUCAGCCUUCUUUAUGGUCCAGCUCUCACUUCCAUACAUCACUACUGGAAAAACUAGAGGACAACUAGAGAGUAAUUAAUAAUUAGAGUAAUGAAGGAAAUGCAGGGUUAUGAAUUUUUUUAAAAAGACACCACAAAAGGGGUGGGAGAAGUCAAAAUAUACCUACAUGUUUAUUGAGGAAAUACUGGAUUUGUAUUUCUGUAAAAACUUUCUUACAAUCUGAAAAAUAAAAUUUAUUUAAAAGGGGGGAUUUAAUUAUUAUUAUUAUCAUCAAAAUUUAUAUUCAGCCUGAGCAUAGUAGAACCUCCAAGUGGUUUACAAGAGAAAAUCCCUAAGUGGUUUACAAGAUGAAAAAUGCUUAAGUUUAUUCUAUGUUGUGUUUCCAAAUUUAAGUCACUCUGUAAGGUAGUAUACACACAGACAAUUAUUUUCUCGGGAGCAAAAGGAGGAAUUUCCCCCCUACUGCUUCUGUAGCAUUGGCUCCUGACCUUGUAGCUUGCUAAUUGAAAUAAAUGUAGUGGAAAAUAGGAGAUACUAGUUUGUUUUUUGAAUUUAUACCUCACCCUUCAAUGUUAAUAUCAAGUCAUGCUUUGAGUGCUUGUUUCAGCAUUUCUGGACUACAGACUGAAGCACUUCAAAAAUCUAUAAAACCAGUUUGUCAAAAGAAAACUUUGGGGUGCAAAUAAAUAAACAAACUAAUGGGGGAUGCCUAUAAAUUUUCUGGUUCUGCAUCUCCAAGAAGCCAUUAUUUGUAUAAAGCCAGGAUUACUUACUUAACUUAAUUUCUUUCUUUCUUUUUAAUUGGCUAGUAAGCUGAUUAAAUGCAAGACCACUUAUAUUGACUAAAAACUUCAUCAGCCUUAAUGCCACUGACAUCAUGCACCUCCUGUACUUUGACGGUAUAGUCUGAGGGGAUCCUACUGGCCUUGCAAACCAACUCAUUUAUGCUGCAAUGUAUCUGUCACUGGUGAUACCAGUUGCGGUUCUGCCUGUGCGUGUCUGAUUUCCGCAAACAUUUUACAGGGUAGUAACAUAUCUAUCGCUGUUGAUAUCGAUCAUCGUACAAAUUACUCUGGGACUUAUUGUUGGCAGAUCAGCUCACUGCUCAGAAACAGGCUCUGCUCAGGACAUAAAGCGUUGCUCUUCUUCUGCAGAGACUUCUUCUAGAUGGAGGGGUGGAGUCGGCGGCUCUCCCUGAUCCAGGGCUGAGUCCAAGUUUAAGUCACAGUCUCAACUCUCACGAGGGAAGGAAAGCCACAACCAGAUGGAGUUUUUCAAAGCCAAAAACGAAUGGCAGGGUAGUUUUGAAAACAGACCCAGCUGAGGGACAGAUGAGACCCGAACAGGCAUAUAGACACAGUCUCUUUUCCCUGCCUCUGUAAGCUAACCUUGAAAUUGUUUUUAAGUGCUCUAAGGCCACAAGUGUAAAUGUCGACCUCUUGCAAAGCAGUUACAAAUUUAUAGUUUUGCUUUAAACAGAAUUUUUGUUUAACGAUAACAUUGAACUGAACGCCAUACAUUUCCUUUGAUUUAGCUACGGUAGGUCCCAAAAGCAUUCCCUAGAAAACAAUAAACAGCUUUCUUAACCCAACUAGGAGCGGAGUUAUCCAGAAGUGAUUUACGCUGUUGUGAGUGACACUUUCCAGUACUGCUUUGCCCAGACAAUGGGACAGUUCAAAAGAGCCCAAGCUGUGCCUAUGAAAUAUAGUCCCUCCCAGGCGCCCUCCUUGAGAAAUUGCUUUCUAAUUUCCAGAUUGGAGGUUUAUGUUACUAACUCCAUAGAUGGCUAUUUGGCUUUCCUGCCCUUAACAACAUUCAGAUAUGAGAGCAAAAGGAAAACAUACUUUUUGGCUGUGUGUGAUGAAGGGCCUUGAAGAAUGCGCACUUGAUCCCUGGACGCAGAACGCGCAGGUAUGCGUCAUCUUGCAUGUGGGUUAUGUAUGUUUCUGGUGCUGCCCCACCACUUUAAUUAAACUGGAAACAGAAGGUUGUUAUGAAUGGCAAAAUAUCUGCCUUUACAAAAUGUUUCCAUUUCUCCAGCAUGCACACAGGGUAGGGCUUAUUCAGAGGCCGCCAAAGUUGUUCAUUUCAACAAGGUGUGAAUUAGCCCUCUUAAAAUGCAAGGUUUCUCGAAAGGUUUCUAAAAUUUGGAACCAGAUGACAAAGAUGCUCAGAAAUGCCUGUCCUAAUGUUCUUGCUGAAACAGAGGAAAUGAGAGUGAAAAUUUGGUUUAACAGUUGCAACCAUGCUGAUUUUGUCAACAGAUGAACCAACCCAUGAUAUGUAUAUAUAUAUUUAAAUCACCCCAUUCUCCCCUUCCACAAAGAUGUUACUCAAAGUGUCCUAAAAGAUAAAAGCCAACAUUUUAAAAUUGAUCCAACCAUAAAAAUGCUGUUCAUAUGCAAUAAUUUGUCAUUGAUCUAAAAGGUAUUGUAAUAAGUUUGUGGUUAGGCUAAAUGAGUUUUGGGGUUGCUUUCAAUUCUGUGAUUUUAUAGCUGCAAGAGCAGAUUCUGUAGAAAUUAAAGGGAUUGAUGAAGUGGUCAAACUAGGCAGGAAACUUAGCUUGGUAGAUUCUGCUUCUUUGGGACUUUGUGUAAUACAGGGCUGCUGAAGAAGAUGGUUCAUAAACUUCAGCUAUUGCAGAAUUCAGUGGCCAGGUUGCUCACAGGGGCAAGACAGUUUAAGCAUAAUGCACUGAUCCUGGUCUCACUGUACCAGCUGCCAGUUAGUUUCUGGGCCCAAUUCAAAGUGCUGUUUUUGGCCAAUAAAGCCUUAAACGCAUUAGUACCGAUGUACCUCAAGGACUGCCUCUCUCCAUAUGAAACUACCCAGACACUGAGAUCAUCCUCUGAGGUCCUUCUUCAUGUGUCUCUUCCAUGGGAGAUCUGGAGGAUGGCAAUGCAAGACUGGGUCUUUUAUGCAGUGGUUCCCCAUUUGUGGAAUGCUCUCCCCAGGGAGGUUUGCCUGGCACCUUUAGGCACAAGGCAAAAACAUUCCUCUUCAACCAGGCCUUGGGCUGACUGACAUUCAAUGUAGUUUUAAAUAUGUUGUGGGAUGGAGGAUUAUUGGUUUGUUUUUGUUCUUUUUUCAUUUUGUAAUUUUAUGUUGUGAACUGCCCUGCGAUCUAUGGAUGAAAGGUAGUAUACAAAUUUAAUAAAUAAUAAACAACAACAAUGAUAAAGAGAUCACCAAGUACAAAUGAUAUGUUGCCAUCAGACCUAAAGAACCUUUGGGAAGGUGAACAGAAAGGAGCAUAUCUUCUCCCCUAGUCAUCAGCAUGUGUGAAAGAGAAAAAACAAACUAGCAAGUAUAGAGCUGUAAGAAUAGAGCUGUAAAGGAAACACAAAAGACCUGGCCUUUUCCUCCGUGCAAAAUCCAAUGGUACUCUGCCCCUCCCCCGGGCUGGUCACCCUAGAAACCUAAUAAACCUAUUUCCAAGUAAACCUGCAUGAGAUUGCAGUAUAAAUGUCAUUUCCCUUGGUCUCUGAAAAUACAGAGGGCUGAAACUUAAAGCAGACAGGGGAAACAGGAGCUACAGUGUGUCUGUUACGAAGCAAAGUAGAAGCUGGAGGCUUUUUAAUGCCAAGCCUCUUGCCUUAGGUACUAGGCCAGUUUCUAUCCAAAUCUCAUGUGCCCCAAUUCUUUAUAACAGAAACCAGGUUGCCUAGUAAAACAGGAUUUAACCCACUGCCCUUCAUCUCCUUCUCAGAGCUCCUUGGGGGGCUACAAAUUGCAUCUAUGUAAUUAUGAGAAACCGAGUACCCUGGUGUACUGCAAACAGGGUACACCACAGGGGAACAGAAAUACUGGGAUCAAAUGGGAGACGUUCCUAUCAUUUAGCCAAGUUACGGUAGAUUUUUUUGUUGUUUCAUUGACUUGGAGGCUCAGUCAAGAAAACCAUCAAUAUCGCAAUGGUAAGAUUGAUUUUCAUCCGCUUGUUCUUUUUAACAUACGAACAGGAAAAUGUUAACACUCAUUUUGAUCACCUUUGGGGGAAUUUGUAAAAACAAAUAAAUCCAUGUUUAGCAUUUACUAGUUCCCAAUACAUUACAAAAAGAGGUAGACGUUAUAUAUUCAUUAUUCUCUGGCAAUGUGUGAGGUUACGACUGGCUGAAUCUCAUCACAUUGUAGAGCAGAGGAUGGAACUGCAAAAUGAUUGAGACACCAUAACCCAGAUUCAUUUGUAGAACAAAUUGUAAAAUCAGAACAACAGAGCAUGGAAUCACCCUGGGGCCCCUUCCCGCAUAAAUCAACUUUGAAUGAGAACAGAAGAAAUCUGUUGGAAAAUGUUGUGAAAUGUCCAUAUGGGGCAGUUCCACAGUCCCCUUGAAUUACUACAGAAGCUUGAGUGGCCAGAAUGGGAGGCAGAGCAAGUGAAAGGGAAUGCAGGAGACACAGGGUUGGAGCUUGGAACAACCAUGGGGUCAGAACAUUUUAGUUCUUUUGAGAUGCACCAGAUGCCUCUAUUCUUGGUCCCACUUCUUCAUAAACCAGGGCUUUUCCAUUUUAUGACAGUGCUCAUCAAUACAGAGUACUGGUGCCUCUUUUUUGCUGUCCAUGGCAGCCAUAUUGUGCUGGCAUCUAUGACACUUUAUCAAUAUAUGAUCACCAGCACCUCAUUUUUAAUCGAAAAAACCCCCAGAACUGCCUAAACCGGAAUUUUCCUAUCUCCCAAAUCUUCAGGUCCAGAAGGAGUGCUUGCAGGAUUCAGUCUUCCUCUUUGUGUUUUCUAAACACUCCCAUAAUAUGCAAAAGUUUCAUAAUACACCCGUGCUAAACCCAUUAAACUAUUUUCUGUUUGCUUAAUGCUCUGUAAAACGGAAGAAGAGUUGGCCUUCUAGCUACACGGAAAUGACUCUUCCUAUAACAAUCUCAUUGCAGUAAAAGAAACAAUCUGUGGCUGUUCUAUCCAUGCAAAAGAUGCAAGUCAUCAUCAGAAUAAAAAAAUGAUGAGCUACCUUUGUGCUCUGAUGUUGCCGAUUAAAUUAGCCACCAGGGAAAGACUUGCUUCUUUCCAACUCCAAGACUGGGCAGCCUAAUAGCUUAUGUACUGGCAAUAGGGAAUGUGCGGGUGAUUAUAUCCUGGUAAGUAGUUAAGGUUAAAGUCCAAAAGUCUGUGGAACAAAAAGCUGUUUUCUAUUCACAUUUGGCUAGAGAUACUCAAAAUGAAGCAGACCACCCACAGCCUGACACUUAGGGAGACUGCAGUGCAUUGAAUCUGCUGAAAGUCGGCUACAAAAAUAAAGUUGUCAGGAAUCUGCUAAGAGCUAAGGAAAAAAUUACAUACAGUGUCAUUUCUAAAAAAGAAACUCAUGACCUACGCACAUAUAUAUGCUUAGAUAGUCCUAACCAAUUUUAUAUAUAGAGAGAGAGAGACAGGGUACCCUUUCAGGGUUUUUUUCAUGGGGGGCGGGGAGUAUUCACACAUUUGCGGGGAAGGGUUAAAGGCCUGUUAAUGUUUGUAUUCAAGACUUUAUGAAGAAAGAAAGAAAGAAAGAAAGAAAGAAAGAAAGAAAGAAAGAAAGAAAGAAAGACAUUUGUUGUGGUGACUUCUUUGUAGCUCAUAAUAACCUGAAAUUGAGGCUAUGGGAUCCUUAAAAUCAGGGUAUAUCUGAAAAGGAGGUAGAAGCAAGCUUUCUUUGGCCACAGUAAGGCUUUACCUGGAGGAGUACAGAAGAAAGAUAGUUAAAGCCAGGACUUCUGAGUCAGACAGCCUAGAAUUAUUGCAGUGAGACCUCUUUUGGGUUCAAGAAUAUAUCACCUAAAAUUCCAUGAUGGAAGAAAGGCACAUAAGAAGAGCCCUGCUCCUAGUUCUUCAUCCUGUUCUCACAAUGGCCAACAGCGCUGAGGCCUAACCACUGAGCUUUUUGUGCUUGCCGAUCAGAAGGUUGGCAGUUCAAAUCCACGCAACAGUGAUGAGUUCCUGUCACUCUGUCCCAGCUUCUGUGAACCUAGCAGUCUGAAAGCACACCAGUACAAGUAGAUAAAUACCGUAUUUUUCGCUCUAUAAGACGCACCAGACCACAAGACGCACCUAGUUUUGGGAGGAAGAAAACAAGAAAAAAAUAUAUUCUGCAUCUCAGAAGCCAGAACAGCAAGAGGGAUCGCUGCGCAGUGAAAGCAGCAAUCCCUCUUGCUGUUCUGGCUUCUGGAAUAGCUGCGCAGCCUGCAUUCGCUCCAUAAGACGCACACACAUUUCCCCUUACUUUUUAGGAGGGAAAAAGUAAGUCUUAUAGAGCAAAAAAUACAGUAGGUACUACUGCGAUGGGAAGGUAAAUGGUGUUUCCGUGCACUCUGUCACUCGUCACGGUGUCCCAUUGGUUUCGUCAUGCUGGCCACAUGACCUGGAAAGCUGUCUGUGGACAAACGCCAGACCCCUUGGCCUGAAGCAAGAUGAGUGCCGUACCCCAUAGUUGCCUUUGACUGGACUUAACCAUUCAGGGGUCCUUUACCUUUACCUUUUAGUUUUUCAUCCUGUUCUCACAAUGGCAAAUGAGAUGCCUGUGCAAGGUACCAGCUCCUGGGUGCAGGAGUUUUGUCUGUAUCACCAAAAGAGUGGUAUCUGUAUAUCUAUAGCCCACUCCCCAGGGCUGAUACCGACACUGGAGGAUCUAGAUCAGGAAAAUGGCACAGUGGAAAGAGUAAACCCUUUCCUCCUUCAGGGGCAAUGCUACAAUAAAUUCAGAGCCCCCUGGAGCUGCUUUAAAGUGCAAUAAAAACAAGAGGUGCUCCCAUCACAGGUUUUCUGCAUCCCAUGUAAUUUGGCUCUUCGUUGGAGUCUUCCCAAUAGGAAAUGUAUAGUUAAGCUCACAAAUAAAAGCUUGUCUAGGAAGGAGUCUCCAAAUAUAUCCACCUUAAGGCAUAUAACUUCUUAAAAUGAUUUGUGGUGCUCUGGUGUGAUUCUGAUUUCCUUCAGUAUUCCGUCUUCCUGUCCUGGAAAAUGUAUGUCUGUUUACGUCAUGUGUCACCACAGCCCCCUUUAUAAACAACCAGGCAGAGAAUUCUUCAUAGAAAGAUAAAUGCAAGGCAAAUCCAAAUGCCGUCCGUAAGGAUUCACAGAGGCUUAAGGGGAAAGGGCUUGCUUGAAUGAGAUUCUGGCAGACGCACGGGGAGCUCUGCUCCUUCAUGGGCUCUUCCUUCAAUAGAGGUGGGCCCACAGACUUUGCAGAAUUAAACUAUCUGUAGAGUUUGGUCAUUCUCUAUAAGGUUUCAAGGGCUAAAGUUGUAUUUUCAUGACAUUCAUUCAGCACCCCAAAUAGGUUAUUUUUACCACCUAAGCCUAUGUCUACAUCAAAGUAAGAGUGGUAUGUGUAUGUUUUGCUUCCCCUAUAUGUUGUAUGGAAUAUUAAUAUACUAUAUGAGUCCCCCUUCUUUUCUAUGAUAUAAUGCUUUUUUUCCUGGGGGGAUGCAGAGGUACGCAUACCUCUAAACAUUUUGUGAAUCUUUGUACUUUUGUCCAUUUAAUGUAUUUCUUUUUCCCUAUUUGAAAUAUAAAAUGGUGAUUUUCUUGAGUCAAAAUGAGAGUACAGUGGUAUCUCGGGUUACGAACUUAAUUCGUUCCAGAGAUCCGUUCUUAACCCGAAACCGUUCUUACUGAGGUGCACUUUCGCUAAUGGGGCUUCCUGCCACCACCGCACAAUUUCCGUUCUCAUCCUGGGGCAAAGUUCGCAACCCAAGGUUCUACUUCCAGGUUAGCAGAGUUUGUAACCCGAAGCGUUUGUAACCCGAGGUACCACUGUACCCCUAAACAUUUUUUAGAAAAAAAGCACUGGGUAUUUAUGCGUAUACAUACACUGUAUAUAUUAAGGCACUUGGGGAACCUUUGGGUGACAAGUCACUAAUACGUUUAUGACCAAUGAUGAUGAUGAAGAAGAAGAAGCUCACCAUACCUUGACAACAUCUGAGCUCCUGAUUUUUAAACUUUAGGGUUGUUGAAAUAUAUACAAAAAAUAUUAAUCAAUUUGAGUUGUGUGACUCAAAACUGGGUCUACUAGAUCCAAAAAAUUAAGAAAUGUGGGCUAAAAUCACUUCUGGGGCUCCUCCUGGAUUAGAGGCCCUGCAGCUUAAGCUUCAGGAGGUUUCACAGUAGAUCCACUCCUACCCAGCAGACCUUCCUUGCUCAGCAGGGGAUGGUAAGGUGCACAUGGACAUGGGGAUGGAGAGAGGGAGAGGGAGAAGGUGGAGCUUGCAUGUGUGUUUGCCCCUGCCUCCUCUUAACUAUUGCCAUUCAGGCAAAUGGAUGUUUUCCAAAUGUUGAAACUGCUCUGAGGCAGUAUUUGCCCCUGAUAAUCACUAACAGUGGAGAACAUUCCUUCUAAAAGGACCAGAAUGGCCUUGAUCCACUAUAAAUCAAGAACAUUUCACUGCUUUAUCCCUCUGGAACAAUGAAAGGCAAAUCCUCUGAUCGCUGAAUCACAAUGGCAUCAUUCAUGAUGACUUUGUCACAGCCAAAGCCAGGCGCAGAAUUUAUAUUUGUUUGUUUGAAGAAACGGGUGUAGAGAAUGAUUUAUGUUUGGAGAUUUUCUCUUUGGCUCGAAUGCAUCUGUUGAUUUUAGAUCAUUUGGUCCACAGCUUUCAAGGGUAGGCAACAGGGUGCCCUCCUUAGGUUGAUGAACUCCAACUCCCAUCAGCCCCAAGCAGCAUGGCCAUUGGCCAGGAAUGAUGGGAGCUGUAGUCCACCGUAUCUGGAGGGCACCACAUUGGCCACAUUCACUGUAUGAUUGUUUUAUUCCUGCAUGCUACUUAGGCUUUUCACUCCUCAUAGGAAUGGUGGAGGAUACUAUCCCAUGGCCAGUGUUGAGUUAUCUGGUGUGAGGGCUCCUGUAUGUGUUUCUGUAUGUGUAGUGGGAGGACUUCUUGUUCUUCACCUCAGGCCAACUGUGACUUAGGCUUGCUUGUUUAUGCUAAUAGCAGUGAAGUGUAUGAGUGAGUAGACUAUGGAUAACCCCCGUGUGUGGCAUUCAAAUAAAUAAAAGGGUAUUUCUAUGACUGGCUUUCUUCAGUGCUCUAACGUGGCAAGAAGCAGGGUGAACAGGUUGCCAGGCAAAACAUCCCCCUCUGUCCACAGCAGGACAGCCUAUUGCUUGAGCUAUGCAGCUAAACCACAUUAAUAGGCUGGGGUUGUUAGUUAUAAAUCACAUAUAAUAGCACUGAAGUUUUAUCCAGAAAGGAGUCCUUUAAAGAAGGGAGAAAGCCUUAAAUUAAUUAUCUUUCUAGCUGUUCUACACUCCUGUGCCUUUAUGCAUUAUAGGUCUGCUGCACAGGAAAUCAGUUUCUAAAAAUAAGAUAAUUUUCAUUAAAUUAGAAUUAUAGAGAGGAUGCUAUACGACAGUUAAUCCUAAGAAACUUUGGGAGCUUUAUAGUAUGGUUUCAUGGUGGCUUUUGAAUGAUAUAUAAGGUAAGAUAUGACACUCUGUGGUGCUUUAUAUUAUCCAUAUGGCAAUCAUUUGUUCUGUGAGUACCCAUUUCCCUAUCCUUAUAAGAGCCCAUAAAAAGGAAUAAUAAAACUAAAAGUGAUAGGGAGGUGGGUGCUCUUAAUUGACACCACAUGUCUGUCAUAUACGCUGUAUUGCCCCUCUCUCUCAGAAGGAACUUUGCUCCUACAAAUGAAAUCUAAAGCUGUCCUUUCUGCACAUUUUCAGGACCAGGCAGCACUGCCCUGUGUCUAUUGAACAAAUCCCCGCUGCAAACCUUAAUGCCUGCUCAUGCUGAAUAGGUUGAAUCUUUAGAUAGGCUAUCCUAUUUUCUCUUUCACUGGACCAGACAGUCUUCAAUACCCUCAAGUGAAAACAGAGCCAUAUUUAAAGGCAAGUCUUCUACUGUCACAUGUCUGGCCCACAAUAAAGCCUUCCCAAUGAAAAAUGGAUUCCAAAUACAUGCUGACCUUUAAUGAUCUUAAGAGUGGGGAUGUAAGAAAGCAUCACUUUCUGAUCCACUCUGUAUUUGUUGCAUGCAUCACUGUUUCUAUUCCACUAUUCAGUUUGCCUUCCACCCAAAAUGCUGGCUAUUGUGGCCAGUUACAUAACUUAUGUACCUAUGUAGUUAAUUAUGUAAACUACAUUGUAAUUCAUUAUUCUGCCCCAUUCAUCUCAAAGCUAUGGAAACCAUGCAAAUGGCGGAAAACAUAAUCAAUUACAUAUUGAUUGUGAAAGCUACAUAAAGGUAAAGGGUAAAGGGACCCCUGACCAUUAGGUCCAGUCGUGACCGACUCUGGGGUUGCGGCGCUCAUCUCGCUUUAUUGGCCGAGGGAGCCGGCGUACAGCUUCCGGGUCAUGUGGCCAGCAUGACUAAGCCACUUCUGGCGAACCAGAGCAAAUACUAAUUGUAUUCACCACACUAAUUUCCAUCCUGGAUAUGAAACAAAUCAGCAAUUUCUGCUCCUGUUUUUGUUUUCGCCAGAAUUCUCUGACAUCUCUAGUUAAUGUGUGUGAAUGACUUUAUUUUAACAUUCUCAUGUGUGCCAGUUGGCUAACCAAAAAUUUCAAAGCAAAGUUUUGUUCAUGGACCAUUUCAAUGAUCUAAUGUCCAAAACCCCAUGCAAAUAAAGCCUACAGAGUUUAGUGGGACUUGCUUGUGAGCAAAAACAGACAGGUGAACCUUCUGUAAGGCUGCACUACUAUAUACACCUACUUGGGAGUAGGUCCUAUUGAACUUAAUCCUACAGAAAUAAAUUGAUCGUUCAGAGAUGGGUUAUGAGUUUUGAUGUAAUUCCUAUAUUACACCUGGAAGAAAUUAGUGUAUGGAAAUAAAGGCUAUGUCCAGAUGGCAGCUUUGCCCAUGGUUAAUUUAGCACUGAAGCACUAAACUGGAAGAGGAAGAAAAUAUAAACUUGAAGAGGAAGAAAGAGAUGACAAGGAGGCUAGGGCUUUCCACAACAGGCACUCUUUUGAACUAUGCCCCAAUGCAAAUCCUGCUAGACGCCACUGUAGAAGCCCUUAAAGUAGCUCUUGUCUGCUACCAGACUCUUGAUUCUAUAGCAGAUAGAAGUGUAAGAAUAACUCCACUACACCUAGAACUCUGAAUCUGGAUCUUUAUGGAAAGCAGCUUACACAUUCGGGCCAUUUAAGUUUAAGUAGCCUGGGCUCAACUGGUUUGACAAUGGAACUCCGAUGCAAUUGAAAAAUGUUGCAACUAUAUUACAAAAAAGUUGAGAGUUUUCUGAACUACUUUUCCAUUCCCCUUUGGAGGAAAAGUGUGGUGGGUCUGGAAAGUUGUAAGCCAACAAAAACAAAACAUUACAGUGAAAUCCAGUGUGUUUCUUUUACUAGGAUAAUAGUCUUUUAUAUGUGCGCCUUCAGCUAAUAAAUGUAAUAUAACUCAAACAUUACUUAUGUUAUUUAACAAAAGGUGUUACUGAGACCAACAUGCAUUACUAUGAUGAAUCAGGCCAUCAAGUUCUCUUGGCCUUUGAAAUAUUGCUAGCCUGGAACUAUUCCUUGCUCUCACCAUUUAUUGAUGGUUAAGAUGGAGCGUUUGAAGGUAAGAUGUUCACCACCGUGGAACUUACUUAUGAUUAUGUUAUUUAAAACAUCUUUAAAUUGUCCUUCAUCCUUACAGGUACCAGAUGUUAUACAGUGGUUGUGACUAGGUUAAGUAACUGAAGGAUAUUGGAAAAAUGCACAAUUAUCAACAAAGUGUAUAUAUAGAGAGAGGAGAAUAUCCUCACCUAAAAAACAACAACCCUGAAAAGCUAUCCCAUACUGAACUGGAACAAUCAAUAAUUAAGUAAAGAAAAAUAUUUGGAUUCUUUUCCUAAGAGGGGACCCCUUAUGACAGAAAACAACCAUUAUAAAAACAAUCCUAAUUAUGAAGAACAGAGGAAGUUGCUGCCAUAUACUGAGUCAAGCCAUUACAGUGGUACCUCAGGUUACAUACGCUUCAGGUUACAGCCUCCGCUAACCCAUAAAUAUUACCUGCGGUUAAGAACUUUGCUUCAGGAUGAGAACAGAAAUCGUGCAGCAGCGGUGCAACGGCAGCGGGAGACACCAUUAGCUAAAGUGGUGCUUCAGGUUAAGAACAGUUUCAGGUUAAGAAUGGACCUCUGGAACGAAUUAAGUACUUAACCCGAGGUACCACUGUAGUUCAUUUAACUCAGUAUAGUCUACACUGACUGGCAGCAGCUUUCGAGAGUUUCAUAUACAGUGGUAAGGUAUAUGAAGGUAAAGGUACCCCUGCCCGUACGGGCUAGUCUUGCCAGACUCUAGGGUUGUGCACUCAUCUCACUCUAAAGGCCAGGAGCCAGCGCUGUCUGAAGACACUUCCGGGUCACGUGGCCAGCGUGACAAGCUGCAUCUGGUGAGCCAGCGCAGCACACGGAACGCCACUCCUUUCCUGCUGGUAAGCGGUCCCUAUUUAUCUACUUGCACCCGAGGGUGCUUUUCAAACUGCUAGGUUGGCAGGCGUUUGGACCAAACGACGGAGCGCACCCGCCGCGGGAUUUGAACCGACCUUCGACGUAAGUCCUUAGGUGCUGAGGCUUUAACCACAGCGCCACCUGCGUCCCUAUACAGUGGUACCAGGUUAAGUACUAAUUGCCCAGAGGUCCGUUCUUAACCUGAAACUGCUCCUAACCCGAAGCACCACUUAGCUAAUGGGGCCUCCUGCUGCUGCUGCGCCGCCAGAGCACGAUUUCUGUUCUCAUCCUGAAGCAAAGUUCUUAACCUGAAGCACUAUUUCUGGCUUAGCGGAGUCUGUAACCUGAAGCGUAACCUGAGGUACCACUGUACAAGUCUUCCAGCCCUACUGAGAGAUGCCUGCCCUAGUGAGAGAUGGGACCUUAGAUGCUCUCCCACUUAGGCUAGCCCUUGUGACGAGAAGGCACCGUACCAAUAUGCAUGGCUAGUAAUUUCCCCCCCAAUACCUAAAAGCAGACAAUGCAGGAGUCAACCUGAUUUCCCAGGGCAGGGAACUCUGUGUUUAACUCAUCACUAAGAACCCCGCCCCUUCUCUCAUGGCCACCAGCCACACCUCAGAAGAAGACAGGAAGUGGAGCAAGCAGAUUCAUGUUGGAGGAGGGAGCCAUUUGGCUAGCCUGAUCCAAAACCAUUUAAGUUCCAUGAAACCAAACAAAAGAGGGAUUUAUUAUUUGAUAGGUUUUCAUAACCAGGCUACUUUAGAGUGAGCCCUUUGGGGACUGCUGCCAAGACGAUAUGAUUAAUCUGUAUUCACUUUUGACAUACUGCUGUCGUUAUCUGCUUUAUCAGUGACAGGGCCAAUCAAGUCAUUCUGCUUCUUUUAUGGCUUGCUUUGCUGAAGCUUUAAAAAGAAUUACAGGCUGGAGGGGUGCAGAGUUCCAUUUUAAAUCCACCGAGAAAGGAUGCCAAAUAUUUAUACAACUACUGAGACUUAACAAAUUUGUAGUUCAGCCAUAGUGCAUUCAUUGCUUAUACAAACAGUAUUAUUGUUUUUUUGUCAGAUAAACCUCCUCUCUCUCUAAUAGGGUGCUUAAUCUGUUCACAUUUCAUGCACCAGGACAAUCAGAGCCUGUUCUAGUGUCAAUCCCAGAAGAGAGUAUAGUUGAAUGGUUAAUUAUACUUGUUCCAGUAAGGGAGUCUUCAAAAAUGCAGCAUGAUCACACAGAAACACAUUUUCUCCUCUGUAUAUUUCCAUGGGUCAGGAAAGUGACCCAACACUGAACAGAUUCCAGACUGUGGAGUAUAUUUUGCAUAUGUAUAUGUUCAGUAAACAUGGGCCAAGACAUGGCAACAACAAUAAUAAAUUCUGCUUACAUCACAGUCCCGUGCAUCUGCACUCAGAAGUAAGUUCCACUCUGUCCAAUAGGACUUACUCCCUAUUAAGUGUGUUUAGGAUGUAGACUCAGUGCAGGCAUAACCAAUGAGGUGCCUUCCCAAUGUUGGUGGACCACAUCUGCCACCAUCCCUGAUCAUUGGCUAAACUGGCUGGGGAUGAUAGGAGUUGUAGUUCAACAUCUGGACGGCAUCAUGUGAGCAAGUUUGGGUUAAUAUAACACUUUUACUAUGUGCUGAUCAAAAUUGUUCACAUAGCAUUGUUUGUGAACAUUACAACAGUUCCUUAAAGUAUAACCACUAUAGAGUGUUCUUGGUGAAAAUCAAUAGCUUCCACAAAUGCAGCAAAUUUGCCAGAUUUUGAAUCAGCGCGUGUCUGUGGAUUCUUCUACCCUUCAAAAUGUCUGGAAUAUUUUUCUAAGCACACUUAGCUCUCUGCAUUUUCAGAACUGUCCAGUUUUAGAUUUGAUUUGAACCCUGUGCUUUUCAGCAAUGAAAUCCACAUUUUCUCUCCCCCACCCCAUCCCACCCCCAAUCUCAUUUGUUAUUUGGUUCCACAGCCUUGCUUGGCACUAAGCAUCCAGUUCCUGUGCCGAUCUGAUUAGGUCAAAUUACAUGCUUUUACUACUCCUACAAGCAAAUGCAGCAAGCCUCCAAUUAAGUGUGAGGUGCUUUAAAUCCUAAAUGGAGCUAAUGUCUGCCCUCACCAAAAGCCUGAGGUCCUCAUCCCCCCCCCUUUUAAAUUGCUAUUUUUUUAGGCUGCUUUCCAACAGCUGAGCCCCUAUGACAAGUCAGGACGGUGAACCUACCUUACGGUUAGAAUUACUCCCUGGCCAUUUUUAGCAUCUUUGACAGCUUGUUGAACAUACAAUAUUGCCCUUGUAAGGGAAGAAUGAAUGGGAAACAGCACUGUGAUGUCAUUCAGUGUUAUAUAAUAUCGACAUUGAGGGAGAAACACAGUUUUGAUGCAUCCAGGGACGUGUGAUAAUUGCUGUUACCUUUCAUGUCUCCUAUCGUUUGGAACCCAAAUAAUAAUCUACUUGUAAAGAAAGAAGAAAAAUGGAACUAUUUUGGCAAGCAAACUGAAAGCCUUAGAAGUGUUUGCAGCCCCUUGGCCCAAUGCUUCCUAAAAUGAUGACAGAGUCUCCAAAUUUGUUAUGCUUUGCUAUUCUGAAAACAGCAAAGAAGGAAAUAAAUAAAUGACUGAUAACUUGGCUUAUAGCCUCUGGACCUUCGGGGGGAAAGGACUCCUUGUUCAAUAUGAUUAUAUUUAAUCCGCUGCUUCUAUAAGUUAUGGCAAGCCCUACUUCGAGGUGAAAUGUGAGAUAAUUCUCUAGAAUUGUACUUAUGGAAGUUGCAAGCAUGUGGCCUGUGGAAAGGCACUAAAUUAAUACAGUCAUACCUCGGGUUGAAUGUGCUUCAGGUUGAGCGCUUUCGGGUUGCGCUCCGCGGCAACCCAGAAGUAACAGAGCACGUUACUUCCAGGUUUCGCCACUUGCGCAUGCGCAGACGCUCAAAAUGACGUUACACGCAUGCGCGGAAGCGGCAAAAUGCGACCCACGCAGACGCACCAUUGCGUCUUACGUUCUGUUCAGGAUGCGAACGGGGCUCCGGAACGGAUCCCGUUCGCGUCCCAAGGUACCACUGUAGUGCAAUCCUAUGUAUGUCAACUCAGAAGCAAAUCUCAUUGAGUAAAUGGGAACAAUAUACUGGGGAGUCCUGCCCCAAGGUUGCUGGACUACAACUCUCAUCAUGCUGACCACUGGCCAUGCUGGUUGGGGCUGAUGGGAACUGAAGUCCAACAAUAUCUGGGAGGUUCCCCAUCCCUGCCCAAACCUAUAAGCCGCUAUGCAUCAAGAUCUAGAUUCAGGGUUCAAGCUGUAGUGAUCUUGACACUUCUGCAGACUAGGGAUAAUCCUCCCAAAUUCAUUGAUAUCACUUGUUUUAAUUACGUGGCGCUUUUCCAGGGCACAUGGGAUACUGCAGAACAUAAAAGUCUGAAAAAAAGUUGAUCUGAUGUGACACAUUAUUUUAAAAGAUUAAACUAGAGGCCUGCCAUCAAGGUUUGUGUGGAUAAAUACCUACACAGAUAACAUUCUCUACCCCUUCAACAAACAAUGGCCUUCCUUCACUCUUGGUCUUGUCAGUCUACUACUCUCUGCAGCAGUCUUCCCCCACCUGGUACACUCUGGAAGCUUUGGAUGAAAACAUCCACCAUCAUUUAUCUAUAUAUUUCCCACCUAUCUGAGUUGUUGACUGGAAUGAAUGGGAGUUGUUGGCCAAAACAUCUAAGAACAUAAGAAGAAGCCUACUAGAUCAGGCCAAUGCCCCAUCAAGUCCAGCUUCCUGUUCUCACAUUGGCCAACUAAAUACUUGUGGGAAGCCUGCAAGCUGGAGCUGAGCUCAGCAGCACUUUCUUUCCUUUCUCUUCUUAUGCCAGAUGUGCCUACUUCUUCACAUCCCAGAUCCUACUUCCUGCGAAGCUUAUAGCCCUCAAUGCUAUGCUUUCCCCCUCUCUCCUACCAGCCUCUGCUUCUCCAGCAUCCUCUUUCAUUCCUGCUGGUCUUCUUGGCACUCUUACAUGCAAUAUAAGACAGGACAUUGGUCUGUAUUUAUUUUUUUACUUCCUUUAUUCUUUGCACAUCCUCAUUCAUCCUCUUUUUUCCACACCAUAGAACAUUAGAUACAGCAAUGCGGUACUGUGGUAAAGAGAAUGCGGACGUUAGAUGUUGUUGGCUGUUCCAGAAAAUAAAUUAUAAUGACAAGUCUCACUAGGAUACUGUUUCCCUUUUCCAUGAAAAGGAAAAAGAACUGGGGCAUUUCGGAGAUCUCCACCAAGGAACAAACAGAUCUAAUUUCUGUGUUUUCUUGGGAUAAUUUUUGAGAUAAGCCACUGUGUUUUCCAUUUUAGGAAAUACAAUUCCCCCCAUUUGGAUCCAAUUCAGAGAAAGCCACACACAAGUCCCCUUGAAAUUAAUAGGAUUUUUGUGAGACACAACUAAUUUGAUCAGUUGAUUUCAUUGCUCAGCUAGCUUUCUCUGAAAAACAUGUUUCAAACGUUCUACUCUUUAGUAAUGCUUUAGCUGGAUACAUCUCAUACGAUAUCCCCUUAAAAUACUUUACUUAGAAUAAUAUCUUAUUAGAAUAUUUUAUUAAAAUAAAUCUUUUCAUUAAGCUAUUUUUACUCAGAAGUAAGACCGCUAUACACCGCGGUACUUACUUCCAAGUAAGUGUGUUUUGUUUUGUUUUGGUUUUGUUUGUUUGUUAAUCACCUUCCGCACACACUCUUCAAUUUUAAAAAUCUAAAAAACUUAAAAGCAACACAGACAACAGCAGACAAAUUUUAAAACAUCCAUGGCAGAAACCUAUUCAUUCAACUAGGAAAGUGUGUCAGAACAAAACAAAUCAAAUCUUGUCAUUUCUGAAAAGUGCAGGUAAUAGGCUCUGUCAUUUAAGAAUGCAUCCUAUCAUAUUGCUGUUUCUGUUUUUUGUUUUUUUGUUUUAAGUUUCAAUCCAUGUUAUCCAAAAAUGCGUAUGUAUCCUGUACUUUGUUAUCACAUACUACUAUUUGAUGUGUUGUUUCUCAAACUGGCUUCACAUUGGAUGAAGUCCUUAACCUGUUUUUACAAUUUGUUUUAGGAUUGUUUUGAAGGUCCCAUACUCAUAGCAGCUGCCCAGAGAGCUGAACUAAUAAGCUGAGGUAUAACACUUCUUAAUAAAAAUUCUAAAAACCCGGGUUUUUAGAAUUCUUGUUUUUUUUAGAAUUCUUGAUUUAUCCAGUAGCCUGCUUUCAUUGUUGCUCCCAAAGAUCUAAUACCUUUCUCUGUUCCAAUUUGAUCCACUCCAUUAUGCGUAUCUGGAUAUUUGUCUCUCCACACGAUUAAUAUCCUGUGAAGGAAGAAGAGGAGGUGAGCACACUUCCCCAUCCCUGCCAUCACCAGGCAGAGGUCCUGAGGGUUGUUGGUCCCCACGUUCAGUUUCCAACACAUACAUGUAGGUGGCUGAGUAGAAGAGGGUCAGAUUUUUCUCCUUUUUGUUCUGGAUAUUGUUUGGUUCUUACCAUGUUAAUUGUUUUUACCUCCCCCCAAAAAAUAAAUAAAUAAAUCAGAUUCUGCAUCUGCAUCAAAUUGCUUUAGAUUCUUCUACAUGUGGUUUAAACAAAUAAAUCAUACUAGAGGGAAAAAGUUGUUUUCCCCACAUAGCUAAGCUACAAGAAACUGUACUGUACAAGUGUGAUGCCUGCAAACCAUCCACUGAUUCCCUCCCACCCCUUCUUCUUCCUUGUUCUGUUUUGGCACCAGUAUGUCUGUGUUUAACUUUAUAUCUCUUUGCCAGAUUUGGAAAGUUGCUUAAAGUAAUUAUCACAUUUUUGUCUGCAGGGAGGAAAUUGGGCCCUGUGGCGGUGCUGAAGAAAAUAAUAGCAAAUGGGGAUACAGGGGUGUAUAUGAAUAGUUAAGAAACCACUGCUAUGAUCUAGGACAAAAUUUGUAUUCAGAUAGUCAAGACUUUUCAUUAAUACUUACUACAGGAGGCAGGCUAUUAAGCUGCUGUGUGUGGGGGGGGCACUAUUCAAAAAUGUCCCAUUUCAUAAUCUAAUUUGAAUUAAGUUCUCUGAAUGCCGUUGCUUAUGUUGCCAAAACAGCAAUAGUAACACAAAGAGGAGGUAUCAGCAGACUUGGGGGAACCUGGAGCUCUGCAAAACCACAAAAAAAUAUUCAGGGGAAAAACCCUAAAGGGAGGGGACCCCCAGACACAAUCCAGUGAGAACUGAGCACACUUAAUUCCCAUGUAAUGUUGACAGAUUGUCAAAAGGGGGAAAAAUGAAAACCAGGUAGAAGGGGAAUGAAAUAGAGUGGCUGAAAAGGGAAGAUUGAGGAAAAGACAUAUAGAGCCCCAUGUGCACUAUACAUUUAAUGUAGUAUCAUACUAUUUGAAACCGUCAUGGCUUCCUCCAGAGAAUCCUGGGAAAUGUAGUUGUUAGGUGUGCUGAGAGUUGUUAGCGUACCCGUAUUUCACUGACAGAGCUACAGGGGAUUGUCUCCUGUGAAGACAAAACAUUCUUGCGUACAGUGAGUUCAGGUAUCAGGGCUUCUGCUGUGUAUGUUUGAGUAAUAAUCCUUUACAUUCUCAUUUUUAUUUUUAACUUUUCAGCACUUCAUUCUCGUACCUGACAGCGUCUCUUUAAAUAUAGUCUCACCACCAGCCCUGGCAAAACGCUUCUGGCAACACUUUCUAACGAAAGGCCAAUCCUGAUUAGUUCUACUCUUGAUACUCAUUUCAGCUGCCAUUAAUCAUGAUGAACUCGGCGUGCCGAUCUUGACGGCCAUGUGUAAUUUCUUUGGAAUUUCAUUUUCAUUUAACAUUAAUUAAAGAACACUUAUGAUAAAGUGUUACCAAAAUGAAUUCCUGCUCUGAAGCCUUGGUCUGCCAAGCUUCAACCUUCGGCAAAUUGUUAUGGGUGACUAAUAGACAUCCUAGGAAAAUGAGCUUUAUUAUGGAAUCUUAAUCUUAGCUGUGCAGCCGAUACAGCAACAUAACAAAAGGGAGGACAAUUUUGAAGGAGGCUAUCCACUUGCAAUCGUAUUUCUUGCCUGCUUUCUAUCUCCUCCACCCCUGCACUGCCUGAAAGCAUUAAAGACGCUUAGCAAGCUAGUUUGGUGUAAAUGUGGCCUCUUGACACAAUGGAUCUUUACUCUUGAGAGACUGAUUAUGACACACUGAUCAGACACAGGAUAUUAACCUAGCUGGCAAUUCAGCUUCCUGUUGCUGAGGUUGUACAGACACCAGGGUGAUCCUUGAGAUGCAGCCUCGUUCAUGAAAAAAUUUAUUUCUUCACUCAUAUUUCUUGAAGCUGUCAUAUCCCUGUCAAGAAAGAAAGCAACUGUACGCAUUUGCUAUGUCUUCUUCUACCCCGACCCUUUCCAUCUGUGACAUUCACCAUGGGGUUUAUACUUUACAUUUUUUCCCCACCUUCCCAGCCUUAGAAGGAGAACCACUGUUGAUAUAAAGGGCUUUCGCUGCAUUCUGUUUUCACAAGAAAUUCUGAAUGGAUCAUGAAUGAAAUAAGUAAACUUUAAAAAGAGGUUGGUCAUUGUUCUUUCUCAUUCUCAGUGGACAUUUACCAUUCAUCCCAUAGAUUCAGUUCCGUCAUUUUGGCAUUGCUCCCAGAGCACAAGGAAUGCAACAGGUCUACAUAGGGAAGGGGACGACGACCCACUGAGGAAGCAAAGAAGGGUUUCAACGUGAUUCCCCAGUUCAAGACCUACUGAGCAUGUUUCCUACAUCCACACCAUGCAUUUAAAGCACUUUUCUUCUCCCAAAGAAUCCUGGGAACUGUAGUCUACCCUUUGCAAAGCUACCAUUCCCGGCACCCUUGGCAAACUACACUUCCCAGGAUUCUUUGGGGAAGCCAAGUAUUCGUUAAAUGUGUGGUGUGGGUGUGAUGGAUUCGGGACCAAUUCACAUGUGAUGAUAAUAAGAAUAAGAAUAAGAAUAAGAAUAAGAAUAAGAAUAAGAAUAAUGUGAUGGUACCUGAUGUGUUUUACAUAGUGAAUAUCUCCUGUGAAAUUGCCCACAUGAAUGAAUGUGUAUCCCUCGGUUUUCUUGCUUAAGAUUGUUUCGUUUCACCCACCUGGCAUUCCAGUCCUCCUGAGUUCCAGUUUUACCAAUUGAAGUUUUAACGUUAAUUCUACAGCUGAGCAUGUGGCAUUUGCUACAGCUUUUGGCUCCUUAAGUUCAUUUACAUCUCCCCCCUCCCACCCAUUGUGCUGCAUUUGUGCACUGAUAAUAAUAAUAAUAAUAAUUAAGAAUAAUAAUUUUAUUAUUUAUAUCCCACUCAUCUGCCUGGGUUUCCCCAGCCACUCUGGGCAGCUUAGUGAUGCCUGGGGGUUUGUGUCAGCAUCACUUUGGUAGGGUCUCUUUCUAUUCUCUUGUUAUGUUUCCUUGGUGGUGAAAGAGGUUGGGGUGGCCUAGGAUGUGGUUGAUUGUCUUUGGUUGGCUGCAGUGAGAUUUGUUCGUUCGCGUGGGGGGGGGUUGUUGGGUUAAGUUAGCCAUUUUGAAUCGUAUGCUGUUGGUGGGUUCGUGUUGUAUAAUUCUUUAUCUCCUUGACAUCUGAAGGGAGGGCGUUCCACAGGGAGGGCGCCACUAACAAGAGGGCCCUCCAAGCAGGAGAUAGCACCAGUGCUCUUCUUCUGGGGGUACGCAGGGAUAUGUGUACCCCUAAACAUUUUGUGAAGCUGGCACAAUGGCCUCAUUUCAUGUCCUGAGUCUCAGACGGAAUCUGAGUCAAAAUGAGAGUACAGUGGUACCUCGGGUUACAUACGCUUCAGGUUACAUACGCUUCAGGUUACAGCCUCCGCUAACCCAGAAAUAGUGCUUCAGGUUAAGAACUUUGCUUCAGGAUGAGAACAGAAAUUGUGCUCUGGCGGCGCGGCAGCAGUGGGAGGCCCCAUUAGCUAAAGUGGUGCUUCAGGUUAAGAACAGUUUUAGGUUACGUAUGGACCUCCGGAACGAAUUAAGUACUUAACCUGAGGUACCACCAGUGGCGUAGCGUGGGUUGUCAGCACCCGGGGCAAGGCAAGUAAUUUGCGCCCCCUAACCCGGUAGGGGCAGAGAGCUGCGAGUGCGAGCGCACCCCCCCCAGAUGUUGCGCCCGGUGCGGCUGCCCCCCCUGCACCCCCCACGCUAUGCCACUUGGUACCACUGUACCCCUAAACAUUUUUUUAUAUAUCUAAAAAAUCACUGGAUAGCACCACUCUGGCAAGACAGUCUGCAGGCAAGUAGAGUCUCAGCCUGUGAUAAAAGAAGGGAAAGAAAGAAAGAAAGAAAGAAAGAAAGAAAGAAAGAAAGAAAGAGGGAGGGAGUAAGGGAGUAAAAGAUGUGAUUAUACUAGUCUCCCAUCAAAAUUCUUUUUGUGCCAUGUUAUGCUGAUGUAAUCCUCCUGCACCCCUGGUAAAACACCACACAAAAUGGACCUGGAUGCAAUUCUACAUAGGAUCCCAUCAAGGUUGCCCUGUUGCACUGUCCCCAGAGCAUGCCUACAGUAAUGUAGACUUGGUGGGGAAGACAUAACUGAACCAAAAGAACGGAGAACUUCCUAAGCACAGUGCUCAGUACCAAAUUUGUAAAUGUAUACACACAAAAUACUCUAGGAUUUCUAAUAUAUCAAUUUGGAAAAAGGACCGGGUAAUUCAGAAAUCCCAGGGGAAAUAUUGGAUGAGGAGAAUGUUAUAGGCACCCCUAAAAAAAAGAUUUGAGAAUAGGCUGACAGAUUGUAACACAAAUAUGCCGUCAAUACUUUGGAAAAGCCCUAAUGGUGUGGGAGAGAUGCUAUUCCAGCACCAGCUCCUCCACUGUUCUCUUGUCCUAGCUCCUCCUCCUCUGCAUGCUGUAACAAGCACAUAGUGCAUGCCUAAAAAUGCAUUUCAUCUCAAGAUGACAGUAGACCUGACAGUGCUGCCUGAGUCGCUGCCAUUUGUCACUGCAUUGCAUACCAAAAAGGUGUCAAAAGUAGUUUCAUUUCUAAGGAGACAGAAAAAGGUAGUAGAAAAGUUACAUUACUCAUAUCAGAAUUGCAAAAGAUUGAUUUUAUUUGAAUAACCAAAAGUGUUGUCACUGGAUGAAAUAGAACCAACCUAAGACAGCCUCACAGGGCUCAUGUGCCUCUUUUCUUUCUGGCAAAACACAUGUGUCUUCAGCAUGGCAGGCAGCCAUUCCACAGAUUUAUUUUAAUGUGUAUAUCAGAGGCAUUUUACUCCACUCUUCAGCUGACAAGAUUCCUGGGCAAGCUUACAUAAAAUCAAUAAAAAUAAUAACAAAUCAACAAAAGCAGGGAGGGAAAGCCGAGCCGAUAAAAAACAAUUAGCAAUGAGCCAGCAUUAAAAACAAAUUUUAAAAUCCAAAGCGAAAAGCUUCUUACUUUGUGCCAAAAGGAAAACAAACUUGUGUCCAUUAAACCUCGAGGGGAGAAAAUGGGAAGGUCAGGGCACCACAACAAAGAAAGCCCCGACUGUAUUUGAUGUUGGGCUAAGUAAUGUGUUUCCUCAGUGCAAGGAAUUAAUCCUGCUUCACAGAACAUCCCCCCCUCUUUUCCCCCACCCUAAGCCUAUUCUGGGGUUACCCCAACCCUCCAGAGCAGAUUUCGGGGGUGGCCUGGGCAGAGGGAGGAGCAGCUGGGUAAACUUGCCCUGGGCCUCAGAGGGCUAAGCUGGGUGGACUUGCACUGUCAUGCCAAGAAUCGUAUUGCAACAAGACUCCCGGCCUAGGCCUCGGGUAAGUUUGGCAUGGGCCUGGGACAUGCAUAGGAAGAGGAGAGGGGGGAAAGUUAUGUUGCACAAGCAAAAAUCCUGGCAUUGAUGGAACAUGUUAGUUGGAUACCACUCUUUAUCGUCAGUCACCAUCCACCUCAUCUUAGAUGGCAAGGAGACCUGAAGAAGCACCUUUCAGCAGAUUAUAAGAUCCCAGCAAAUUCCUCUGGGGGAAGAAAGUGCUCUCAGGUACCUGGUCCCAAGCAGUGAAGAUUAAAACCAGCCCCUUGUUGAAACUUCCUCCAAUUUUUUCUUGCCACUUAGCAUCAAAUAUCUAUUUUCCACUGAUCACUUGAGAGAGUUUGGCUUUUCUGGUCAUCUCUUCAUGUUUUCACUGUAAGUGAGGUACCCAUUUGAUAUUUACAUUACCGAAUACAUUCAGGAACCCCAAUUAAGGGGUAACCUUCAAACUGAAGCUCAAAAUCCUACCAUUCAGCCUCCCACUACUAAACCACAACCUUCCUAAAACAAGUUGUUUUCAUUGCAUCUUUUUUUAAAAAAACAAAAACAAAUUGUGAAUAAACAAGUUAUGCAAGAAAUGGAGGAGGGGAUCUUUUCCCAAAAAAGAACAAACAUUGCCUGGGGCUUAAUAUGGAUGUCUGAAUGUUCACUCACAUGGAUGAUAUAAUGUGCUCUACUAAAAAUAAUAUAAAUUAACGAUGAGCAUUUCCCCUCUCUGAAGCCAACUAGCACACACCUUCUUCAAGCAUCUGCCUGCAGCAACUUAUCUACUUUUUCAAGUGCCAGGAACAUGCUAAUAGAACAUUGUGAAUGAAAUCUGAGGCUUGUGAUUUGCCUCCGGACAAGGCAGGGAGAGACAGAGAGAGAGAUUUAAAGUGAUAAUUGUAAGGAUCUUGGGCAAAUCAUUCGAAGGUCCCCUUUUGCUUCCCACAACUUUCUCAUCCACACCAUCCAAUUCCUCCUCCUCCUCUCUCCACUCUCAAACAUUUGAUACUUGUAUAAAAGGACUGACUUAUUUCAUGCUAACAGCAAAGAAAAUACAAAGAACAUCGGAUACAUGCUGAAUUAGAUGUGUUGAAUGUAUCAACUUGUACACAGAGUUUUUCUUUCGAAUGGCAAAGAAGCAUUCCACAAAAUCUAUCGGUGAAGUCCAUGCAGAUAUCUGAUACAAUAAAAACAGAGCCCAUCCUGCCAGAGCUGACCCUAUUAUUAGGCAAUGUGAAGAGACUAACACUCAGGCAGAAUAUGCUGAUGAGCAGGAAGUGGUAGAGUGGUGUUGAAGGACAGAGCUGGGUGUGCCGAGUGUCCUGCCCUGCCCCGCUUAAUGGACAUUGUCCAUUGCCAGUGUUAAAGUAAGAUUCGACUGCCAAUUUGAUCAGGUUUUGUAGGUUAGGUAAGACAGGAACAUCUUGUCCUUUGCCUCAGGCAGUCUAAAGUCUUGGGCUGGUUCUGCCUCAUGUUUAGGUCAUGCAUAUAACUGAACAAAGUUUAAAGAUAUAACCUGAAUGUGUUUAAAUCAUCUUGAAGUUUGCUGAUGUUAAAAUAUAUUAAAACCUGACCCCUUUGGAGUUUAAUUUGAUGGCACCAAAUUUCAGACAAAGAGAAGCAAUAACUAAGAGUGUAUAUUUAUGUAGGUGGAACCACUUUUGACAUAGAGAGGAUUAACAGUGCUCUACCAGCACAGAGUGGAAGCUGUGGAAUGAAUCUUGUUGGAGAUAUCCAUCACUCCAUUUAAGAUCUCCAUUAUAUGACAACAUUGAAGAAAAAUAAGAGCUCCAUAUGUAACUAACAUUUGUUAGAAUGAAAAGAGAAACAAUAUAACCACCAGGAAAAGUACAGUUCUCCUCUUGUUCGCAUUGAUAUACCCAAAAUCUUACAUUUAUUGAAAUGUUGUGAAGUAAGGAGUUAAAUGCUUCUGUAGCUAUGGAAGAAGCAAGAAGCUCUUGGGGUAUGAAUGCUGUGCACCCCUUCAUUGUAGACUCGGGCUGUAUAAACCAUUUUUCAUAAAGACACUACCGGGUCUGCUGUGCCUCAUUUUUCCAGAAGGAAUCACAGACCCUGGGUAAGCAUACCUGGAACCCCUUAAUCUCACACUGCUGUAGAGAUUAGUGUGGCAUGUAACAAUAGUCUAUGGCUACUGAGCAUUAUUUUUGCAAUGGUGCUCACAGCCUGAACACUGGAAAUAGAGGGGAAAUGGCAUACCCAGAAUUACUUAGGCACAGUGACUUCAUCUAAACACAUUUCCUAUAUUUGCACUGGUAGCUUGAGUGCUGUGUUUUAUUACCCUGUUUUUCUAAGCAACCCCCUUCUUCUCUGUGUAUUGGAAAAAGCAGGACUUUGAAGCAUAUGUUCCACUGAAAACAAUGUCUGUUCUAAUUUUGGGCUUUGCGUAGUCACAAAGGUGAGUAAGGAUAACUUAUUGCCAGCACCCCCUUCGUCGCUUCUCAUCACUUCUUCUCUUUCUUCUGGUUUCCACUUCCCACUAAUAUUCACAAUAUGUUGCGUGAAGUGAUGAAAACGAGAAGCUUAUUUCCAUGACAAAUUCAGAAAUCACAACAGGGUGGAAGAAAGCGCAUUUAGCAGGCAAAAGAUUCAUGCAGAAAAGACUUCCCUUCUCAUCCAUUUGACAAAGUGUGUUCAGUAUAUUAUAAUCCAAAUUUCUCUACAUAUACUGUUAUCAUUUUUCUUUUCUUUUGUUUUUUACCAUUCAGAUAGUGCUCCCUAGCUUCUCUGGAGUAUGCAGGGAAAUCUGGUGAAUGUUACCAUUCUUUUGCAGACAGGAAGUGACCGCAUCAUUAACACUAUCCAGAAGUGAGCAGUGAUAAACCUUGGCAAGGCUACAGACAGAAAAGCUGGGCAGAACGACACAAGACACUGAGAUAUAUAUAUAUAUAUAUAUAUAUAUAUAUAUAUAUGUUCCAGUUCAAGGAAGAAAACCCACAUGAACUCAAAACACACCCCAUCCAAAUAAACCUUGUCCUUUGCAGACUAUAAACAGAAUAUGUUCGAGGCUAUAUAUAUAUAUUAGCUAUGGCAGGGUAGUGAAAUGAGAUAUUUUGCUGUUUCAAUAUAAAUGCUGAAUACAUUUUACUUUGGGUUUAUAUAUACACUUCAGAAUAUGGUCUCAUUCAGUAAAGACAAGUUGUAGCUACCAUCUUGAAUUUAUCUUGCGAGAGAAUUUCCUGCUGUUAUUAUCUCAAGAUCCUGGCAGCUUAAUUGACACUGAAUGCUGCUAACUCCACAUAAAAUGAAAAGAAAUGUACUGGGAGGGAGGGCCUUCUGAGUUUCCUUUAGGUUUAACCUGAAACUUGAGAAGUUACCUGACUACAUGCUGCCUGUGACUCUUACUGCUGUGCAGAGUGAAUAGCUGCCACCACUCCUGCUUCGGUGUAAAAUAAGAGCUUGCUAAUGAACUUCCCUUAUUUUCUGAAAGGUUCACAACACUUAAUUCAUAUAAUCUGUGACCCUCCCUGUCCCCCACCUAUAGAAGUAGAAGAAUGCAAAUACACUGCUAUUUAAUCUAUCAUUCACUAUGAAAAUUAGAUUUUUUACAUCUGAAUUCUGCUCAACUGAAUUUCCCUCCUUAAUGAGUUCAGGGGAAUCUAAAUAUUUGCUUUGGCUCACUAGAUAUUUUUGCUGCAUAUAUUUAGCCCGUUCAGGCAUGAUCAGCAGCAGGAGAAUUCAAUAGACUUUCUUCCAUGUUCCUAAGUCUGUGGAUUUGAUAGCCAAGUGCCAGCUUAAAGUAGUCCAGACAACAGAGUGGAAAAAGAAACUUUAAUACUAGGUGUGAAAAUGGUGUGAAAAUUACGUAGUGUAAAGGCACAAGAUGUAGCCUGCACUUUGAGAGGGAGGAGAGACACGCCAACCAGUAAACCCAGCCACCCUUCUCUUGGCCAUCACCCUUGCCACCAAGAGGGCGUCUUACGUCCAUGGCUGCUCCCAGUAAACAGACCUUUAAUAUCUGUAACUUGCUUAGGGGCUCAGCAAACUCACUAUACUGGGUAGUCUGCUCAGGCAAUUAGUUGUAGAAUGAAUUCCAAGGACUCCAGAGUAAAGGAAACCAAAAUCAAAUAGGGCACUAGAGGUUUUUGUAGAACAGUAAUUAAAAUCAUUAUUGUCAAAAUAUCAUCAUUUUAAAAUUUGAUUUAAUCAGUCCGAACACAAGAGCAAGGGGAAAUUACAAAGGAAAACACAUUGGAAAGCUGAGUGUAGUCGGACAUCCACUCUGGACUUGAAGAAGACUGGUUUUGAAAAGCUUAAGGGACUUCUGGGUGAGAUCCCCUGGUCAGAAAUACUCAAACAGAAGGUGGAGUCCAAGUUGGAUGGGAGUUUCUUAAAGGUGGAAUAUUGAAGGCAGAAAAGCAGACGAUUCCAACAAGAAAGAAAAGUGGGAGGCAUGUGAAGAAACUGAUGUGGCUACAUAAGAACAACAUAACUGUUAGGUGGAUUUGUAGCUGGUUGACUAACCCAAUCCAAAAAGUGUUCAUUAAUGUUUUCAUCGUCCUGGGAAAAAGUGACAAGUGAAGUGCCGCUGGGCCUGUUGUUAUUCAAUGCCUUUAUAAAAGACAUUAUAAAAGAAUUGACGGGAUGCUCAUCAGAUUUUCAGAUGACACAAAACUGGGAGGGGUAGUGUCAGGGUGCUCCCUAGCAAAGGAAUGCACACAGCAGAAACUUCACUCUUUAUUGCCAAAGCUAACACAGCAGUUUCCAUGGCUCUGAAUACCACACACACCAAUUUAGCGUCUAUGCAGCUAUUCCCAGGUCUGUAUUCUACAGAGCAGUUGCAGCAACAGGGGCCAUGCCUCCUCCACCAUCUUAUGUAUAAUCCCCCUAUAUCUGCGUGGAAGCUGCCUCUGUUCUUCAUGCCUCAAUUCUCUCCUGGUUCUGGGGGAAAGUGGAGCAGGAGAGGGUGGGGAAGCACCUGGCCCUUCACUUGCCUGACCUUCCACUCUCUCUGCAUGCUUUAAUCUUGAUAACUAUGGUGCCUGGCACCUGAUAUUUAAUUUUCAAAAAUACACGAUUGUUGAUGUCACAUGUCACUAAGGCUCAAGAAGACAGGAAUUGCAGGAAGAAGCCCAGAAUAACUAAGGAGAUAGUACAAGAAUACUUGGCUAGUUUAGAUGCAUUCAAGUCUCCAGGGCCAGAUGAACUGCAUCCAAGAGUAUUAAAAGAACUGGCAGAUGUGAUCUCAGAACCACUGGCAGUCAUCUUUGAGAAUUCCUGGAGAACAGGCGAAGUCCCGGCAGACUGGAGGAGGGCAAAUGUUGUCCCUGUUUUCAAAAAGGGAAAAGAGAGGACCCAAAUAAUUACCGCCCAGUCAGUCUGACAUCAAUACCAGGGAAGAUUCUGGAGCAGAUCAUUAAGCAAACAGUCUGUGAGCACCUAGAAAGGAAUGCUGUGAUCACCAAUAGUCAGCAUGGAUUUCUGAAAAAUAAGUCAUGUCAGACUAACCUGAUCUCGUUUUUGACAGAAUUACAAGCCUGGUAGAUGAAGGGAACGCAGUGGAUGUAGCCUACCUUGAUUUCAGCAAGGCAUUUGACAAGGUGCCCCAUGAUAUUCUUGUAAAGAAGCUGGUAAAAUGCGGUCUUGACUAUGCUACCACUCAGUGGAUUUGUAACUGGCUGACUGACCGAACCCAAAGGGUGCUCAUCAAUGGUUCCUCUUCAUCCUGGAGAAGAGUGACUAGUGGGGUGCCACAGGGUUCUGUCUUGGGCCCAGUCUUAUUCAACAUCUUUAUCAACGACUUGGAUGAUGGACUCAAGGGCAUCCUGAUCAAAUUUGCAGAUGACACCAAACUGGGAGGGGUGGCUAACACCCCAGAGGACAGGAUCACACUUCAAAACGACCUUGACAGAUUAGAGAACUGGGCAAAAGCAAACAAUAUGAAUUUUAACAGGGAGAAAUGUAAAGUAUUGCACUUGGGCAAAAAAAAUGAGAGGCACAAAUACAAGAUGGGUGACACCUGGCUUGAGAGCAGUACAGGUGAAAAGGAUCUAGGAGUCUUGGUUGACCACAAACUUGACAUGAGCCAACAGUGUGACGCAGCAGCUAAAAAAGCCAAUGCAUUUCUGGGCCUCAUCAAUAGGAGUAUAGCAUCUAGAUCAAGGGAAGUAAUAGUGCCACUGUAUUCUGCUCUGGUCAGACCUCACCUGGAGUACUGUGUCCAGUUCUGGGCACCACAGUUCAAGAAGGACACUGAAAACUGGAACAUGUCCAGAGGAGGGCAACCAAAAUGGUCAAAGGCCUGGAAACGAUGCUCUUAUGAGGAACGGCUAAGGGAGCUGGGCAUGUUUAGCCUGGAGAAGAGGAGGUUAAGGGGUGAUAUGAUAGCCAUGUUCAAAUAUAUAAAAGGAUGUCACAUAGAGGAGGGAGAAAGGUUGUUUUCUGCUGCUCCAGAGAAGCGGACACGGAGCAAUGGAUCCAAACUACAAGAAAGAAGAUUCCACCUAAACAUUAGGAAGAACUUCCUGACAGAAAGAGCUGUUCGACAGUGGAAUUUGCUGCCAAGGAGUGUGGUGGAGUCUCCUUAUUUGGAGGUCUUUAAGCAGAGGCUUGACAACCACAUGUCAGGAGUGCUCUGAUGGUGUUUCCUGCUUGGCAGGGGGUUGGACUCGAGGCCCUUGUGGUCUCUUCCAGCUCUAUGAUUCUAUGAUUCUAUGAAUUCUCCCUGGAAAUGAUAGAAGUUGAGUGUCAUGGUACUGCUAGAGAAUGCCGCGGAGGAGCAGGAACAGGCAGAGGGAGGUGGGCAAGAAGUGGCGAUUGAGGAAAGAAGGGAAAGCCAGGAGGCGGGAAGGCUCUCGGAUGUUGAAGCAGAGCCUCAGCCUCAGCACCGCACAGGAAGGUCUGGCACCGAUAGUGAGACAAUGCCUAUUCCAUCUGCCAAGGAGAGGAGAGAGUUAAAGAGGAAGGGGGAGAGGCAUCACAUGAAACUUCCCUGCCUUUUCUGUUGGAGGAGAAGCCUGCGUAGGCCACUCCCAGAAUCUGAACCGGAAGAUUCAGAUGCACAAUUGUAAUGCGCUGUCUGUACAUAUGUAAAAUAAAGAACUGUAUAUAUCUCUGAGUGAGCAGAGGUACUUAUUGAGAAGAGCAUUCACAAGCCAUCACACUGAGCCAGAUGGAAAAGUUGAACUUUUUCCGUGUUUAUAGUAAAGAUGUUCUUUCCUGUGAAUUUAUUUAUUAUUCCCCCCCCCAACUCCAAAUCAUGAUGCUUUGCUGAUUUUGCGUACGUUGUGUUAUGUUUUCAUUCUGUUGAGAAAAACAGUGGCAUUCAGUCAAAUGGCAUUACUGAUACUGCAGUUCCAUUAUAACGCUGUGAAGAUCUCUGAGUUAGAUAUAUUCCUUUCCACCACAUUGGGGCUUAUAGAUGCUCGUCUUUUAAAUGUAUAAAUAUUUAUAAACUCGUUCUGCAGAGCUGGUCUCAGUUGUCAUAGGGGUAUUUGAGUACUCUUGCCCUGCUUUUGAAAAAUCAACCAGGACCUCUCACAUUGAAAAUGUGCCAGUAACUGUAAACCAAAUGAGUGGUGGAUGCCUUUACUUAAAAAAUGUUUUCAAAUGCUAUAUUUAAGAAUUUGUCAGGCAAAAAAAUAAAAACGUGCCUCACAAUGAAAAUCCUAUAUAAUGGAUUAGAAGAUGAACCAAAUCCCAAUGUUUAUUCAGUCUAAUGGAAACAAAGAAUAAACUUGCUAGCAUAUCACAAUAGAGAAUUGUAGAAGGAGCCAUAAUAGGUCUCUUCUGACAGCCAGUGAAAAAUAACAUUUGUGCCUAUAAAAAAAUCCCUCAUGUCUAUAUUUCAUGUUGAAAAGCCAAUAGGAGACUUCAGCCAAACAUUUUUAUCACUACACUAUCUAGAUUUAUAUUCUGUUUGAAGUCCUCAAAAUGAAACUUUCAAUCUACUCCUGGCUAAGUAUAAAAUUAUUUUCACUUUCCCUGGAUAUGGGACUGAGGGGUGGAGAACAGCAUAGUCAAUGGUCAGGGAUGAUGGAAGUUGGAGUCCCAAGAACAUCUCUCUUACACUACAAUUAUAGCAGACACACCAGCACAGUCUUUAAAGGCUGUGUGUAAUGGUGGUGGUUGUGGCAACUUUGGUAAAGGAAAUGGAACAUUUCAGGAAAUCUAAAAUGGGUGGGAAAGAACCAUAAUGUUCUAGGCUGCCCUUGAACUAUAGCAUGUUAACAUUCUGUUAAAGUAGCUUGGGCUAAAAUUUUACAGCCUGGUCUAGAGACUUUGCAAAUGAUUCCUACUGCAGGUGCUGGGCCACCUGAACUUCCUGAUCUGGUGUUAUAUCCUUCUUCCUCAGCACAAGAAAACUCAAAAACAACUGUGGUAAUCUUAAUCAAGAAAGAGAUCAAUGAGCACAUGUUUUUGCAUGAGGGUCGCAAGUUAAAAGGGGCAGGUGAUGGAAAAGAACUCUGCCUGAAACCUUGUUGCCAUCAGUAGACCUGUUUUCCUGGCACCUGCACCACAAAUUCAAAAACUGUGAUGAGGAGCUUGUUAGGAAUACAGUGAGAAGCAGGAACAGGGAAGAUCCAAGGCAGAUCAUAUCAAAAACAAUCCACUUACAGGAGGAUUUGAUAUCUAUAUAUUAGUGGUUCCCAAACUUUUAUUCCCCACAGACCAACUGAAAAUUGCUGAUGGUCUUGGAUUUUUCUGCCCAUUCAGUACUGUUCUAGAUGCUGAAUGUUUUUAUUAUUGUUGUAUUUUACAGGCAUGCCGCAGACCACCAGAAUGAAGGCCCCUGGACCGCAGGUAGGGAAUCCCUGCUAUAAUUGAAUUGAGGCUGCUAGAGGUUACUUUUGCAAGCAGGUGGAGCAACCUAGGGCUUAAACCAGGUAUAAGGAAACUGUGGCCCUCUAGAUGUUACUGUCCUACAACUCUCACCAUCUCUGACAUUGGCCAUGCUCACUGGGACUGAUGGGAACUGGAGUCCAACAACUUGAACUGGAGGGCUAAAAGUUCCUCACCCUUGGCCUAGCCAGUUUCUGUGUCAACAUACGAUCAUACCAUAGCUGAAGAGACUCCUUGCUGAUCCAGUACGGUGAGGUAUUUGGUUAUAUGUGAGGUGGUCCAUUGCAUCUCCCAAGGCCAAGGAAGUUUGAGUGUUGUGCAACAAUGAAUCACUGUUCAAGGUUUCUUUCACUGCAAGACAGUUUUCAAGCAAAGGUGGCAAUUGACUUGCUCUGCAUUCAUUCACUCUAAUCUUAACAACACACAAGGAAAUCAUUAUCCCUGUGUUCACAGUAGAUGUUAUAUAGUUGGUGGUUCACUAAACUAAAAACUUAAGCUCAUAUGGAGUUUCAGACUUUAUAAUAACAAAUCUCCACACUUCCUACACACGGAACAAAAAGGUAGACUGCAUGGGGGUGUUCACUUCCUUUUGUGUUCAUUGCAUAAGCCAAAAAACCAACUCCACAAAGUAAAUGAAGGUUCUCCUAUUGUCCUGUAUAAACACCCCUUUGUUGCUUUCCAGUGAAAAACGCUUCUUAAAGAAAGCUUUAUAUAGAUUUCAAUAAAGAAAGCACUGUAUGAAAAACUGGAUUCACAACACAAAUUAGACCAGCUCUGUUGCACUGACUGGUGCAUGAAAACGAAAGCCAACAAUGUCAGAUAAUAUUUUAUUUGGAGCUAAAGUGACCCAUUGUGAACUUUGACAUGCCACCACUUCCAAGUUAUGUGUACCACUUUGACAAAAACUGGGCUGAAUUUCUUUUGGCUGGGAGCCUAUAGGGACCUAUAUUCCAAUUUUACCUAAUAUUAGAAGUAAUUUUCUUUUCGCCUUACUGGCCAGUCACAAUUUUCCCCACCUACUGUUUCGUCUUUGCCGAAUCUCCUCAUAGUUCUCGGUACUAUUCUUUGUUUGUUUGCUUGCUUCAUUUUAAAAAUAAAACUCAACUGUUUUGCUCCAGGAAACAUAUACGAAAAAUGGUCAGAGCCCUCUUUUAAAAUCUAAUUGACUCCUGUAUCAAUCUGUUGCUGCUGGCUUAUCAAAAGCAAGGAGAGCCACGGUGCUGUAGUCUUAAAAAACAAACAAACACUCUUUUGUUACCAUAGAUCCAAAAGGGAGGUAUGUACAUAUUUGUAAAAUGGAUUCUUGCAGACUUUUCUCUGACAGUGCCCUAACUUCUGCCCAGAAAAUUGGAUUAUUUGAGGUGAUUUAAUUGUGUGGUAAAUGCUCAUAUCAAUACAGUCAAAACUUCACAUUUUGGCAAAGCUUUGGAAGAAGACUCAGCUAUAGGAUCUCUUUGAGUGUUAUGCGCUGAAUAAUGUGUGCAAAGAACAGCACCCUCCUAGGAGGGCCUAUACUUCAGGAUUAGGAGACAGGAUCAUGUGUGUGUGUGGCCAGAUCAUGCUUGGAUGUCCUAUAACAUUUUAUCAAAAGUCUGGAAAGGGAUAUGGUAGAAGGUUUACUAACUCCAUAUCUAUUUAUUACACAGAUAUCCCACCUUUCCUCUGCAAGGUAGGUCAGGCCAAGAGAGUGUGACUAAUCUAAGCUCAGCCAAUGAGCUUCAUGACAAUGUGGGUCUCUCCAGUCUUGGUCUAACUGCUACCGAGAGAGGGGUGGAAAAGCAAGUAGGAGACUCUUGGUGAGAAGGCUACCCUGUAAAUUAAACUCUCAAACAGUAACAGUGAUAAAGCAGUGGAAAGGUUCAUUUAUAACUGAGAAUAAGAGGAUCUGUGGUGCUUUUACAGAUUAUUACUCUCCAUUACACACUUCCAAAAUGACUCUUAUAUCCACAUUCUACUAGGAAGAGCAUGGGUUUAGGAAAGUUACAAGGAAGAGAAUUCUACAUGUGUGUGUUUAAAAUUAAAACUAGAAGCCCAUGAAGGAAUGGUAUUUCCUUACAAAGAGUUUGGGGAUAUAUUCAACCACCCACUAGCCGCUUUAUUUCAUAGGAUUGUCUCCAAAUAGAUUAUUCUUGAGAAGAAUCCAGAAUCCAGAUUGUAUUUAAAUCUGAUUAACAGAAGAACCCUAACCCCUGAUCCGCUGAGCUGGAAGGGAUUAGGAUGUGGUGAGGGUGUCCCUCCACCCAGCUCUGCCAUUGCAGAGCUCCCUGUUGCACCAACUGAAAGCACAGGCAGUCUGAAGCUAUGAUGACAUUGCACAGCCACAAGAAAUGGCUGUAUAGUUAAGGGGAGGAGCUAGAUUAUAUUGCAUGAAUCUGCUGUAGCUCACUAUGGGUUCAAUUCAGAGAAGAAUAAAUCAGCAGGUAGCCUUCGCUCUGUCGUCUCAUGCGAGAGUUUGUACAAUACCAUAAAAGGCAGAUGUGAGAGCAGUUCUUGCGCUUCCACUUCUGUAAGAGGUUGCACAAGCUCCAGAAAGAGUUGUACAAUAGCACUUCCAUCAGUAGAAGUCCCUUUUCUCACGAAGUAUUUUUUGAUCCCACCUCUUAUCUUGCCUAUUUCUUUUCAAACCCUUCCGUAUUACUUUCAGCUGGACAAAACAAAGAUGAAAAUAUAAACAUCUUCAUGUUGAACAGUUAAGCCAGCGAUGUAUACAACAUGGUCACAGAACGAAGGUGGGGAGGAAUCAAAUACCUUUUAAAUCAGUACUGUAAUUUACAUGAUAGAUGGCCUGUGAAAGUUUAAUACAGAGUAAUGGAAAUAAGUUACUAAUGCACAGGUCAGAAUGCACAUAAAUUGAAAGGGGGCAGGCUUAAUGCAGAGGACACCUAAUAAAAGAAACAUACAAACUGGCAGCCAGCCAAUGCAAUAUUAAUAUCUACAAAUAGAGCACUGUAUUAGAUAUGACAAACAUUUCCACUGCCAGCCUAAAUGAAAGAAAAUGUUUAGUCUUAGCACACAAGUAUGACUAUGAAGUCAUCAGAGGCCUUCAUUUCAGGCCCAUUUAAAAUAAGCAUUCCAACUAGCAUUUCUUUCAACCAACAUGUCUUCUGGGCACCAUUUACAAAAAUUCAAAUAGUGACAUAAGGGACCAUCUUAGAUUCCAUUCAGUACCAGACCUGCCCAGAGCAUCAAUAGAUCCUUUGGCCAUUGCUGCUGCUGUUCAAAGAACUGCAGUUCUGCACUAUGGUAGGGAACAAGGGUUUUCUUGCUGCUAUAGUAAUUGACAGGCUCCUUUCACUCCUGUUCCAGUCUGUUAUGUGGCAUUCAAUAAAACAAUGUCUGGAGGAGAUUCAUCACAGUGCUAUCUCCUUUUUAAAAUUUAAAGUCCUGGCAGCUUGCUGGAGUGCACGAUCUCAUGGCAGUUGCUAGCAUGCAGUCUGGCAGGCCAACAGGUCCAAAGUCCUGUCGCCUUGUCUUGCUUCUUUAAAAUAAUUGUUCUGAAUGCACAAUACAGUUUUCAUAUAUUAAUUCUUGACUACCUUCAACCUGGAAGACAGGAGACUAUGCAAAAUGUUGCCUGUGGAACACCGAAGAAUUCUGUUAAAGCACAGCAGCAGAGGAUUAUUUUUCUUCUAAGUUAAAAUCCUAUGCAGAUCUGCUUAAUAAAAGAAAGAAACAAAAAGUUUUCAAAUUCUGCAGGCACCAUUCUAGACAGCCUCAUAUGUUAUGUCCCAUUGGAGCACACAGAGAGAGGGAGGAGAGAGGAGAGAGAAGCAAGAAUAUGCACUACUUGGCCAUGUCUUAAUGACCUUAAGGUAAGAAAAAGAGAAGUCUCCAUUCUGCCCUGCCCUCAUAAAUAAAAAAUUAUUGAGAAAAGUGAAUCCCCUAUAUGUCUACAAGUUGGCGUACCUAUUCUACUCUGGAGAGGCUCAUGUGCCAGUUAAUUCCAUCCACUUUGGCCAAAAGGAAAAAAGGUCAGAACCAUUUUUAAAAUUUUCCAUUAUAGUGAAUGUAAACCACAGAGCUUCAUUUUAUGCAGAGCAACUUGGGAUACAGAAUACACACUGAAGUGCAGAGAACAUACAGCAACUCAGAAAGAGAAUGAGAUUUACAGAGCAUGCCAAUGCAAAUUGAAACCUAUGCAACCCCCUAAAGCAUAUGGGUGGACUUAGACCAAGAGAACGGCUCAGCUAUGAAACUCACUGGAUGACCUUACACUUGUCUCUAUCUUUCAGUCUACCUGAUGAGAAUAAAAUGGGGAAACUGGCUGUGUUUCUUCGCGAACUUCUCAAGUAAAUUAAGUGAUUGUACAAACAUCUGAGAAAAGCAAUGAAUUUCCACAGCCUUGCCCAUAUACAGAUUUUAACUAUUUGAGAUAUGUAAGCAUAAGGUGCAUGCAUUAUAUUAGACCCACAGAAAGAGCCCAAAUUCAACUAUUGGUAUGGUUAUCAAAGCCACCUAGGUUUUUUCUCUCAACAAAUUUCUGUGAAAUACGGGGAUUAGGGAAAAUGUGAAAUUUUAUCUCUCUUAACAACAAAUGGCUGGCACUAGGCGUUCUCUUAAAACACCUUUUUAAUGGUCCCCUGAGAUCACUUAUCACUUCCAAUCCUCUUUACAUUCUAGCACACACUCCACCAUGAACAGGAUUUUAUAAAUACUAUCAGCUUCAUACUUCUUCUUUGACUUCCUCAGACAAAACACUUCUUCAUUUCUCAUUGUGCCAUUAUCUUUAAACACUCAGAAACAUCAUUUUUAAUGCAUACCUGUUGCCAAAAACAGCAAAGACUCUUACAUUUAUACAUGCAAGAGGAGAUAAGUGCUUAACCCUGUUACCGUACAAUUAGAGUCUUUCAGCAUGACAUUUGCUUGACAGAUCCCUGCAAAUCCCUCCAGUGACUUGCUGCAGACUGUGUUCCUUAAAAAAAAAUCUCCAGAUGAGCCCCAUUGAAAGGCAAACCAGUGCCUAAGAACAGCAGCAGCCAACUAUAUUUUAGUGCCUCAGCCAGAAAAUCCAUAUGGCCUUCUCCCUUCAAGCUGUAGUAGCAUUUGGGGGGUGGGGUUCCACUUUGGUUGUGCCUGCCUAAUUUGCACUUUCCAGAACAACUGAACUAAACUGAAAUGUUUGAAAAUCCCAACUUCUCCACACUUUGUGAUGCCAUUUUCUAAACAAGCAAGGUGUACCAAAAUCCAUAUAAUAGGGGGACGUGCCUGUAAAAAGUGCAUAUCACAGUAGUAAUAAACAUACAAAAAAUGCAUCAUGUUAGGGAAAAUUGUUUGUAAAAUAUCUGUACAUUUGGCAAAAUUUCAUACAAAAAUGUGUAUAUUAAGAGAAAAAUGCACUAAAUGUUCUUUGGGGGAUUUUUUUUAAUGCAAACCGAUGUGAAAAAUAUGACAAACUGAAAUGAAGAGUGGAAAAAAUGAGAAACUGAGGGUAACCAAAAUUAACGAUUUGUCCUUUCCUAGGUAAUAUAUACCAUAUAUUUUACACAAAAACCACAAAAUGUUUCAAUCCUUUUUAUUGCUAAGAAAUUUUAUCUACAAGCACAUAAAUGCACAAAAGAAAAAGGUGUGUGUGUAUCUAUGCAUACACUUACACUAAGCAGAGAAUAAACUUUUGAUUUCAUAUAUUUCCAAUUGGGGGGAAAGAAAACAAGCUGUCCCUAUUGCAAAGCUUCUAAUAAGUUAUAUGGUUGAACAUCAUCUCGUACCUUAUUGUUCUAGUGCAGUACAUAAUAAACAUGGACCAUUUUUCAAUGAAACUUUUAUUUCCCUUUCUGUCUUUUCUCUAUUUAAUAAUGUCUGUAAGUUUCAACAUGUAUAUCACAUCCCAGAUCCUACUAAUCUUCUCUUUCAGUGAUGGUGGGUUUUUCUGUUUCCACUUAUGGCCAACUGCUAUUGUAGCUGUUGUGAAUUCCCUUUCAAGGCAUCCCAAAUCAGCUGCUGAUUUAAACACAAUGCUCACUUUUGUACUGAUUUAUCUAUAAGCAGAGAAACAGAACUUUUAUUGAAAUAUUUAAAAAGUUCAGUAAAUUUAAGUGUGAUGGUGAAGUCAUACGUAUCAGACUUCUGCACUACAGGAAAAGAGAAAUGUAUCUGAAAGUGGUUAUGCAAAGCGCCUCAGAGGAGAUCAAACCCAGUACACAAUUAUAUAUUAAAGCAAACCUAAUUUGAAUUAUUUUACCGUUACCCAUUGUGCCCUAUACCCAAUACAGCAAGCAUGGAACUUAAUGUUAUCAUAUUUCGUUGGAAGCUGCCCAGAACCUAGUCUGGGGCAACCUAGUCAGAUGGUGGCAUCAUCAUCAUCAUGCCUUUAUUGUUGCUAGCUGAUCAUUUCUUUCUUAGGCCAACUGCUGGUUAGCAAACCAGUAUAAUAAUCUACUCAGAACCUAGUCUUAGGAAACCAGUCAUUACACAUCCACCAUGGCUCAACAACCAGCGCUUCCAUUUUAGCCUUGGCUCCUGCCGAUUUGAGCUUCCUCUUGACACCCUUCAUUCUCACACUAGCUGCUGACCUUCCUGAGCCCCUACUGUUUGCUUGUCCGGACUCUGUAGCCCUGCUGACGCCUAUCAACUCUCUAGAAUAGGGGUGGGGCACCUUCAGCCUUCCAGAUGUUGUUGAACUACAACUUGCAUCAUCCCUGACCACUCACCACGUGGGCUGGGGCUGCUGGGAGUUGGAAUCAAACAACAUCUGGAAGGCCAAGGGGUUCCCUACACAUGCCUCAAAACUAACCGUGCCACUUUGAAUGAUGUUUUACUAAAUAACUUGGGGCAAUGGCCCUGUUACCAUUUGGAAUGCUGAUCCUUAGUGUACCAUCAUAGAUCCAAUAGGCAGGAGCAAAGGAGAAGGGAAACAAACUAUACAGAACUCAAUGGUGUGCGGUCCAUGGACUAGUGGGACUAGCCUAGUCCCCUUAAUGUUCCCAGCGGGAACUUUCCAUGUACCUUCUGUGAUGGAACUCCUACUUGGGGACUUCCCUGGCUUUUUUCUGGCCCACAUAGGAGCAGUCUGGAUAGUUAGCCUUGGUGAAGACUUGACGUUUUCCUCCCCAAAAAAGUUUUUGCGUUUCUGCUGAAAUGAGGCUGCAUUUUAAUGUUGCAUUUUAAUCUUGUUUUUUAAGUUGUAUUUCAAUCAAUUGUUUUAUAUCUGGUGUUAUACCUGAGCCUGGUCUUGGCUGGGGGGGCGGGGUAUAAAUAAAAUUUAUUAUUAUUAUUAUUAUUACCUGCUUAGCCAGUGUCUCCAGGCUCCGUGUAUGUGUGCAUGCACAUCUCUCUCUCUCUCUCUCUCUCUCUCUCUCUCUCUCUCAUUACCUCUGUAAUCAUAACAACACACACAUGAGUAGGAAGUGGCUGCUUGAAGCAGAACUGCAGCCCCUUCUUCAUUUUUUAAGGAAGAGCAGUCAGAAAGCCUGAUGUGCCUAUGGGGUAGGGGUGGAACAGCCACUGUGUGUGUGUGUUUUGAAAGCGUGGUGUUUUAAUAACAUAAACCCCCAGCCCCAAUCUGCCAGAACCUGAAGGAUCAGCAGCAACAUGCAACAACCACCAACAACAUGAUAAUAGAAAGGGAGAUGAUGAAGAAAGGGUGUGUGUUAAAAAGGGGUUUUUUUAAGGGGGGGUCCACGCUUCCACCUGGGGUUGUCUUUUUAAAAAACAAACAAGGCCAAGCCAAACUUUUCUUCUUUUUGCAAGCUGCUUGGAACUGGCAAAUUGACCAGCUGGGGAAUGGACUUCCUUGGGAGGCUGUGGAUUCUCCUUCAUUGAAGGCUUUUAGGUAUCUGCCAGAGAUGCUUGAGUGGAGUUCUGUCUUGCAGGCAGUUGGACUAGAGGACCCUUGGGGUCCCCAACUCUACAUUCAGCCCUGUUCCCCUAUAAGAAAAUUCACUGCACGCCACUGACAGAACCUGUUGGCAUGCUUGUGUUUCCAUGCAUGCAAGGACAUGUUGGGGAAAGGUGUGUCGUAUGCAAAGGGAAAUUUGUAUCUAGCUGCUACUAAGUACAUGCAUGGCUGGCAGAGAAUAAGCCCCCAGAUGUGUAGUCAGCAGGAUUAUUAACUGUGUGAGCCACUGAACAAACAGUUGCAAUGCCACCCUGGUUUCUAAGGUUUCUUAACAUCUUUCUACCGGUGCUCCACACCUUCCUGAUUAGCAGGGCUUAGGGGCAAUGGCUGCUUUUGAAGCUCCUGUACUGAUCUGUUUUAACUUUCUAAAUUGACCGGCUUUUUCUGUUGGAAGACAGCCAAUUGCUUUAAUGGCUGCUUUGUAUUUUGUUUUUUUGAGGAAGGGGGAAGGUACGCUGCUGCUUCUAGGAGUUUUGUGAUUCUGUAUUAUUAUAUUUAACAUAUAAUAAAUAUAUAUUAAAAGGCCUUCAGCCUUUUUAAAAGACAUAUAGGAGAAAGUGGGACAGAAAUGGUUAAAUACAUAAAUAGAUGCCAUAAUAAAUCUGGUAGUCUUUAGGGUGCCACAAGACUUUGUUGUUUUAGCAAUUUCAAAUCUAUCACUGUUGUUCAUAAGACCACAGCUGUAAACAGUUUGGAGCAUACUUUGCUGAACUGAUUCCUCUGAAGCAUUUUUGAAACAUCAAAGGUGUUUUGCAUCCAAGCCUUGAUUCAGGGCUUUUCCUUCAUGCAGUUGAUAUUAAUAGUGAAGCAGGUGCUCCGUGAAAAUGCCCAGUUGUGUGAAAGCAUUUUGCCGUACAAUUAUUUUCUCCUCAGAAAGGGGGGCGGGGAGGCAGCAGGAAGGAAAUGUGUGGAGAAUCCAAAAAGCUCAAAGACAUGUUUGAAACCAUCAUGGCCUAAAAGCAGUCACCCAGCCCUGCUCCCAAUAAAAUGAUUGCAGUUUUUAAAAGUGGCUUCUAUGAGUUCUAAUCUCACAGCUGAAGACUUUUGAAAUUCCCAGUCAGUUUCUCUCAUGUGUGGGGGGUUAAACAUUUCAAAAUAAUACCUUACUCUGGACUAGGCAGUGACUAUGUUUGUGAAACCAUAUACAACAAACCAUCUUCCUUUUAACACAAGUGUGGCUUUUCAUGCUGAAGGAACUUCCCACCUCUAGUGUGACAGUAUAACGUCUGGGCAUGAUUUAAGGCAAGCAGAAAGAACGCUAAGAGUCUGAAGUGAAGUUAUUCAAAACCAGAGAAGAAUUUUAGGUAAUGGAAAAGCUUGAAGACUGAUAGGCAGCUGUCUCCUCCAGCUUCAGUAAAUUAGGCCUUCGGAGUUACGGCUGCUGACAGCUACCUUAACAUCUGUCUGGUAUUUUUAAGGUGAUAACAUGCAGCUGAUGUCUUUGAUCUUAAUGGAAAAUGCACAUCAGUCGCAACACUUGGAGAGGCCCCAUUUUUGGAUAGAAGCGUUUACCAAGCAGGAAAAAUUGCUGAGAAUCUUUUCAGUGUACGGUCAGAAGAGAAAAGGAACUAAUAUUUUAAAAAAAUUCUCCAAACAGGCUUCCCUGCAGAAAAGAUUACCAGUGUGGCCAAAAGCCCACCCUUUUCCACACAAGAGCAAUUCCAAACAACCUCGAACCUUGUUUUUCAAAAGGAUACUACGGUGAAAGGUAUUCGCUCCUAUUUCAGUGACAUGAGCAUUUGCCUCAUACAAACUCUGGUUUCAAUGUCUCUCAGUAUUUGUCUUUAACUAACCACAAGGGCUCAAGGAAUGCCUCUAGUUUUCCAUGUUCCUACAGCUCAAUAUGCUUUCAAUUAUUUUCCUGGCAGAGGUAAAGAAAGGGGGUUUGAUAGUCUUAGGUCCUUAUGUCAGGAGCAUAUAAAUGUGCCUUUUUUAGAAUGAUACAAAUAUCGCUUUCUUCUCUGACUGUCUGAUAUAGUAGCAAUUUCUAAAAUGAAAGAGCAGGCUUUUCUUACAAGCACUGAAGAAGACAUUUGAAGACGGGAAGCAAUGCCUUUUAUCUGUGCGUCCCUUGUCAAUAUUCUUGGGCUCCUACCUCCCACUGAGGGAGUCAAAACUGAACCAGUCCUGAAAUCUGGGCUAAAUGUGUAUUUAUUUUUUUCUUGAACUGGAACAGAAUAUGAGCAAUUAGUUGCAAGUGUGCUGAACCUGAGCCAGAACAGAACCUAAUGAAUAGGUGCAGGUUAAUGCUUCAGAAUAUCAGCUCAAAAAUAUGUCUGUGUACACACUAUACAUUUAAAGUAUAUGACUUCCCCCAAAGGAUUGUGGUAACUGUAGUUUGUCCCUAACAGAGCUACAAUUCUCAGCACUCUUAACAAACCACAAUUCCCAGAUUCCUUGGCAGCAGCGGCAGCGAUGCCAGCGCCAAUGCGAUGCCACUGCCAAUGCAGACCUCACUCCAGACCCCUCUGCAAUGCUUCCACUUCUGGGACACAGUGCCCUUCCAAGCGUGCUCUCCUGAGCAUAUGCGUGCCCCCCAACCUCCCCAUUAAAAAAUAAUAAUUAGAAAUGCUCCCAAACCCCAGACAUUUGUAUAAAAUGCAAAAAUCCACCCAGAUGGGCAUACUGCCCCCCCAAAAGAGGACAUGUCCAGACAUAUGGCAACCAUAAUAUAUGCAUGCAAAUUUAUAAAUAAUUAUAUGAGACAUCUCACUAUAGUGUGGAAGACUGUGGCCAUGUGACCUGUGUCUGCUGUUCGAGUGCUAAAGAAAUAACUGUUGAUGGGCAUCUUCAAGACUUUUGUUCUCCCUUCUUGAAGUUCUUUGUCUUUAACCUGGCACAGGAUCCUUCAAACAGACAACUGUCCUCUAACAGCCCUCUGAACCGACGAAUGUCUUCUGUAACAUAGGAAGGGAACUUGUUUGAACCGAAGGCCCUCUGGCCAACUACACACACUGCGAACACUGGAUAUAAAACAGCUCAGGAUUAACAGACAUCUUGGUUAGUUUACAGCCGUGAGCUCGAUGCAGAAUUGUAGCAGCUGACGUAAUGGAAUCCGCAGAGUCAAUACCAAAAGAAGAAACUGAAAAGUAGAUUAAAAUAAGAAUAAUCUAGCCAUUUGGAUUAUUAUGCUUCCAAAUACCAGGAAAUAGCUUGGAAAUUGCUUUCAGGUAUCAUGUUUACUAAAAUUGCUUUCCUGUAUCAUGUUUACUAAAAUGCAGAGUUAUUAUCACCUACCGGGGGGUAACUGGAUAUAGACUGUAGUGUUUGUAACAUAAGAAUUAUUGAUGGAGCAGUGAGUUAAAUGCAGGCUGCCACAGAGUGCUUGAGUGUGCUUUUCCCUUGCAGGUGAAUGCAAGCAUCCUUUCUGUGAGUUUACUGUACUAUUUAAUGCAAAAGGUAGGGGUGAUUAUUCCUUGACUAUCAGGAUUAGAGAAGUUUGUUAAGCAUAACAGCUAUGAGUCAACUUCAUACUCUUUUAUCUUCCACUUAACUGAUUUCACGCAAGCUAGGAUAUCCGUACCAAGGAAGACGCCAAUAAUAUCUACUCCCUUUUCUGAACUCUAAUUUUGCAGAUCCUUUUAAGAACAGAAAGGUAUAUGAUGCACACAUUUGGUCUGCCAAAAGGUCCAGCAAGCAUUUCAGGUAUCAAUGAGUGCUUUUGUUUAAAGGACACUGAAAAAGACACCAUAUCUCACAGACGUUUCCUAUUAGAAAGUACAUUCCUAAUUUUACCCAAGUAUAUAGAGAUGCUGUGCUCUGUUGAGAAGAUGAAAUUUUGGAUAAAAUGUGUUUCAGGCCUCCUGCAAAGUGAACUUAUCCAAGUAACUGGUCCCUUCAGCUGAACUAGAAAUAGUACUAUUAAAAGUGAUGGGAACCAUUUAAUAGGGCUGUAAACCCGAAUACAAAUUCCUUAAAUUCCUUAAGUUCCUAGUUGUAUUAAACAAAACAGGUCCCAAUUGUUUGUUCAUCCUUUUCAAGGCCCAGGGAAAUCCCUGGGUUCAAAUUGGCUAAUAAUAAUAAUAAUAAUAAUAAUAAUAAUAAUUGUACCCCAAUCAUCUAACUGGGUUGCCCCAAAGGUUUAGCUACUGUAGAAUUAAUUCAGCUUCACACUGUGAUGUUGUACAAACAGUAAACAUACAAAAAAAUGCAGUAAUCACAUUAACACUAUUGUCUAAGACAUUGAUGUCACAGGACUUCAGUUUGGAUGGUGUGUGACUCAGUUUGGCCCAACCCUGGAUCAAUUUGUGUCCAACACAAUUGCAGCAUCCACACCAUUCAGCACUUAUUAUACCACUUGAACAGUCAUGGAGAAUCCUGGGAAUUGUAGUUUGUAAAAGGUGCUUAUCAAGGGUACCGCUGACCUCACAAAGCUACACUUCCCAGCAGGGCCUUUUUCCAGCCAGAACUCUGUUCUGGCACCUCUCAGGUGGGCACCAUUGCCAUUAUAAGAGAACAAGGGAGGUGUUCAUUGUCAGUUCUGACACCGCUUUUUCUCGAUAAAUAGCAGUUUCCCAGUACCCCGGGACACGCCCUGGGUAAUAAGAUGUUGCGCACCACUGCAGCAAAUACAGUUGCACAACUACAUUGUAGGAGAGAUGGAUAUGACCAUGCCUUGUUCCACUGAGAUCGCAUGAAAUACUAUUAUUCUGGAUACACAUGUCAAUGCAGAUAUAUAUCUGCAUCUGAUAUAGGAAACAAGAUCGCCUGUGGCUAAAGGUAGGGCAAGACCUUCCGUCUUCUCCUCGGAAACCAUCUUUGUUUUUGUGAUCAUGCAAUCAGCAAGAAACUCAAGGAGUUUUGUGAGUACUCAUAAGGAAUGAUUGCAACUGCAAAACCCAGGUGAUGGACUCCUCCUCCCUUCCAUUGCACAUGGGGGUGGGGAGGUAAGGCAACAGAAGGAGCAAGUGUCUGGUUCCUCAGACUCCAGAUUUUUAGAUAAUAUUUCAGAUCAUGCUCAGAAGUGUCACUUUAACUUCUGGAGUUGGUUGUGCCAGCCAGUGGUGAGGCCCUCUGUCACUGGUUGCCCUCCCCUUUGUGAAGGGGAGAAUCUGUCAGAUGAAGGGGUCUAAAGUUGUGGCCUUUUCUUGAAGUUCAAUCCAUAGAUGACCCCAGUGAGAAAGCCUGCGUCUGUAUGUGGACCUCUAUUACUGGCUCUGAAUAAUAGGACAAAAUAGCUGAAGAGAGCCCAUGCUGGGUCAGUUCAGGCCUUGGUCACUGCUUGCCAAACUGAGCCUGAUUUAAAGUUUGGUUGCUGUCAUCCCUCUGAUAAGCAUGACAGAUAGGGUUGCGCAUGGGACAGAACAUUUGGUGUUCUUUAGCUGACACCUUUUAUCUUUAAAAGAAAGUUGCAUAGCGUUGUUGCUUUCUUUUUGCAGACUUGUGAUUUGUACAUUUUGUUCUAAGAAAGAAAGAAAGAGUUAAAUUAUUUGUACUGCUGGUCUAACCCAUGCAUCAUCUCAUGCUGUACCACUCAUGCCAGUGCAACAGUGGGAUGCAAUUUGUAACUGAAACCGCUUCAUUCUAAUGACAGCAAACAGCCCAAAUGGCAUUUAAAUGGGAAUGGAAUUUAAAGUAAAGGAAUGGAAUGUUAUUCUUUCUCAACUCAUUGGGGUGGAGGGAAGAUUGGGCAAAAGUAAGUUCUCCUGCAUGCCUCUCUGUUGAAAUGAAUAGGAGCUGCACAAGAGCAUGGCUACAAACACAUGCUGUUCUGUAGUAAUUCCAUACAGGGCCAGCCCUAUUAUUAGGAAGAGUGGGGUGGCUGAUUUGAGGUGUCAUGAAAGGCUAGCUAAUUGUUAUUUAUUUAAUUAUAAUUUUACUGCCCCAGGAGGGUGAAGGUGUUUGUUAGAUUUUCUGUCUCAGGCACCAGAACAAUUUGACCAGCCUAGGAUAUCAUGCACUUUGACUGCGGGGCAAAGGUGUUAUUUAUCAUUCGUACAUUGAAUAAAACUCAUUUAUCACGCUCAAGACAGAGCGCUUUCUAAGGCAGGGUACAAGAAAGUAGAACAAUAUAAAUACUCAUUAUAUUCUGGGUCUAGGCAUGCUUCUUCAGAAAAUAUCCAAAUCAGUCUGAAAACAGCUGUUUUCAGUCUCAGAUCCAAAGCUGCCCACAAGGGAAGCCAUGGCAAUUGGAUAUACUCAUUGCAAAGCCAAAAUGACCAGUUACAAGCUUUCUGAAGCUCAGUAGCCUUCUAUUAGUUUGCCUUUGCUUUGAAGUUGAGAGCAAGGCAAAGCACCUCUCUGCUUAUUGAAGGCAAGGGCAACCCACUACAUUUUGCUGCCUGGGCCGAGUGGAUAAGAUGGUAUAUCGCCCAUUUCAAGUACAGAAACCUGUCAGAUUGCCAGUUUGAACCUCCAGCACUGGCAAUAGGACCAAGGGGUGGCAAGGUAGUUGAAAGGGUGGAGAGUGGACCACCUGGUACAGACAGGUCUGUACUGCUACAGAGGGAGAGAGGCUCAAGCAGAAUGGUAUUGACUUCCUCACAUGCACACAUACGCAUAGUGCCUUGCUGCCUGAGGCAGCAGCCUCACUCUCCCUAAUUGUAGGGUCCUGCCGGAGGCUCAUGCUGACUGAAGGAAGCAUGUGAAUUAGUUACCUCUCCUAGAGGCCACUGCAUCUGUCAGUCACGGAACUGAUCCUGUGUUUUUAUGGAAUUGUACGGGUUGGGGAUGGUGUAGAGCAGGGAUAGGAAACACUUUUAAGUCUGAGGCCAGAUUCAAACCUGGCCAACCUUCAGGGGCAAGAGGCAAAAGGGGACAGGCAAAAGUGGCUGGGGUCAAAGGUUGCCAAAGCAAAAAAUAAAUCAAUAAAUACAGUGAGGCAAAAAAUGCUGGAAAAUUGCAUUUUACAUAAUGUUGUGUGUUCUAGAGACAUUAUCUGACUUCAUACCCAUGCAACGCAUGCUGGGGCCCCUCCAUCUUAGGCACGACAGCAUCUUCAAAAUAAUACCAUUGUGUAAUAAACCUGUUUGCUGCAUAGGAGCAUUAUUUAUACUUACUGCCUCUGAUUCGACUGUUAAGGUAGGAAACUCCACAAUUUAUUGGUCAGGCCCUCCGUUUCUAGACAAUUGACAAGCAUUCUCCAGAAUCUGCAAAUAUGUCCUGUUUUCAUGAAACAAAUGCCGUCCCUUCUUGUGGGGCGGGGGUGCCAAUUCAUCCCCACAAACCAGUUUUUGGAACAGCAUAUUAAAAUGCAUUUGGGUUAAAUGUACAGCUACGCUCAUGAUCACACAGCAAAAUGCCGAAGGCACUGUAACAAGCAGGGGAGCAGGGAUGGGUAACUUGCCCCCCUCCAGCUGCUGUCGGACUCCAAUCCCCCCUGACCAUCGGCCUCAUGGACCAAGGUUGAUGGGAGCUGUAGUUUGUCAGCACUGAAGGACCACAGGUUAGCCGCCUAUGGGCUGGAAAGAGGAUCACUACUGCAGGAAGAACGCUGAACUAAAUAUCUGGUUGCAAUGAAUCCAGAAUGAUUCAGUGUGUGGUGGCUUGUGGGGAAAGGGGGAAACUAUUUUUCUUCUGCUGCUCAGAACGGUAGGAGCUAAAAGCCUUUCAUAAUGAAAAGUAUACAGAAUGACAACAGCAGAGGCCAGCUCUCAAGCCUAUGUAUAAACAUAAUUGCUCGAUUUGGGGUUUUGGAACGUUUGUUCCUCCAAACCUUAUACUCCUUUUUUUAUUUUCAAAUAGCAUGCCCCCUGCCAAGAAGUUACAUUUUUUCCUCUCUUUAAAAUAAGCAGUGAGGGCAAUGGCAUGAUGAACAAAUUUCAUUUCUUCUGUUCCAUUUUUUCCAUCUUUAAUACAGCCUCCAGCAGGCCAAAUGGCACCAGUGCAAUUGCUAGUAAGUCAAUACAUCUGGCUGCAUUCCUGAAAUGACAAAUCUGAUGGAUAGAACUCCAGCUCCUAUACAAAGCCUCUUUUCAGAAUGCUCUCUCCCUGGUACUUGUCUGCUUGGAGCAAAACCUAAUGUGUGAAAACAAAAUAAAAAUCAAGCUCUUUCACCACCCCGUGCUAGUGUUUCAUUUUCAGUGGGCUAAUGUUAUUAUUAACACAGCUCUCUCGUGCUGCCCAGAUUCUGCACCUCUGCCUGGAUACGAUGAGAGCUUUCAAUUUGGCACCAAGGAGAUGAGCGGCUGUUCUGAGGGCUCCUUGCUUUGCUACGAAAGCAUGACAUGGCACACUGCUAAGUGUCUAGAACUGAUCAGUAUCCGAAGAGAUACUGCUUUGCUCACCAAAAGCAAUGUGAUUGUGUUGGAAAUUGCCAGUGGUGAGGAAUGCAAGCAUGCAGGGAGGCGUUUUACCUUUCAGCUUUGAUGAUCUUUCAGCAAGAAAUUAUGAGCUAGACAUCAUGUGUGACCUUGUGACUGUAUAUGGGGAACAAUCUGUCAGCACAUCACUGGGCUUUAGUCUGUGAAGGAUUCAGCACAUGCCCAUGGCAUGAAGGUGGGAUACUUGGCAUUCCAUUACUUUAAAUUUAAUGAGCAACUAACACCAGAUCUGUAUGAACUGGAUUGGCUAAGGAGCCAAUAUUGACCUUUAAUGUUUUCUAUAGUCUGAGACCAUGUUGCCUCAAGGAUUACCUUCACCUGUCUGGACCAGCGCAACCCUUAAAACUGGCCAUGGUGGGCCUGCUCUUUGGUUCAUUGGGAGUAGACAUGCCUCGUGGCUCAUUAGAGUCAGUACCACAACUCUGAAAUAUCCUCUGUGAGAAAAUCUAACAGAUUCUACUCUUCCUACUUCCAGAUGGCCUAUGAGGACAGACAUUCAUUAUUGGAGUUUUUAAACUAUUUGAACGGCUCUUGUGCCGUCUUAUCUUUCAUUAUUAUUUUCUUAUUAUAUUGCUUCUGUUUUACGAUAAUUUUUUAUUAUUUAGAUAAAUACAAUUUUUUUUUAUGUAGAAAAGUGGGAUAGGAACCUUCCUCCUACUCCUGGUCCAUGGAAUCAGGGUACCCCAUUAAAAGGAUUCAGGGCCAUAGCGCCCACAAAAUGGUGAUUUCAGAGGAGGGGGUUGCCCUAGUUUGAUGUACAUCAUAAAGCGAUUCAUAUCCUUGGUUAAUCCUGCCAAAUAAUCAACCAGCAGAAGAGGUUAGUUGAUUCAGACUACACACCCAAUGCCUGCACCAAAACCUGAUGACAUCUGUAAUCAAUAACGUUGUGGCCUGUUUAAGUCCCAAGUGGUUGUCCUGCGUUUACUGCAAGUUCACCAUGCCUUGGCCCCACCACCUGUGGCUUCACUGCCCCUGGACCCACACACUGUCCUUCCAAUAACUUCCUUAGGAUUUAAUUGACUGCCCUCAGAAGUUUUGUGGUACCUUUGUGGAAAUGUGUUUCACCUCUAGAUUAGAAUGAACAGGAAGCCGCCUCCAUCCUAAGAAAUGUUUGCACUAAAGGAGAUAGGAGGCAUAUCCCAGAACCUCAUGUCUCUAGACUUCUUGGGACUCCUCUCAGAACCAAACCUCAUUCUCCCACUGCCUUCAGAGGAAAAAAAUGUCUGUUGGCAGGUACAGUCUGAAUCCAAACCUAAUCUCCAAACAGACUGCAAACCCCCAGACCUGCAAACCCACCAGCCAGAUCUAAUUGCUCACCUUUGACAUGGGCUUUGCUUUUUGAAAUAAAACAAAUAAAGGAAAACAAAUGUUGAAUUAAAAUUUGCCCAUUUGAAUGCCACAACAUGAAGAUGUUAUUUUCAAAAAAUGCAUUCUCAAAAUGUAAUAUUUCAACAUGAAAUAUUAGAUAGCCAGGCAAAAUGUCCAGUUCAUCACAUUCAGAGCUAUUCCACUGAAUUUUUUCUCAAAUGCAUGUACUUUUUUUUCCAAUGGUAUGUUCCUUGAUCCCCCUUCAUCCAGGAAAUCCUGGACAAAUGAUGUAGCUUCUUCCACAAAGACAUGACAUUUCUUUGUAUUUCUUGGCCACACAGAGUGAGGGAAAGGGGCGAGGCUUUUACAAACAUCAGAAACACUCUACUAUUUCUGUAGUGAAUUUUGUCCAAUGAUACAUAGAUUUCCCUGUCCAAUAUAACUACUGUAGUAAAUACUGAAAACAGUGACAAGAAACAACAAGCACAGAUCUGUACAAACUCAGGAGAGUAAAGCAGCCUAACAUUAGUCCCUUUAACUCAUCAACAAACUGAAUAAGGUAGCAGUAAAUCUGUAGGUUUAAACCCAGCAGAAAGUAUUGUGGGUGUGGAGAUGACACCCCAGUUAAUGGAGCAGAAGGGGCACCAGCGUACCAGUGAGAGGCAGUGUAGUGUAGUGGUUAGAGUGUCGGACUAGAACCUGGGAGACCAGUGUUCAAAUCCCCAUUCUCUGGGUGACCUUGGGCCAGUCACUCACUCUCAACCAGACAUACCUCACAGAGGUGUUGUGGUGGUACAAUGGGGAGGAGGGGAACUAUGUAUGCCACCUUGAGAUCCUUCGAUUGGGGGGGGGAGUGGGAUUCACUGUUGUUGGCAUCUGUCUGUCUUGAGAAACAGUGGAAUGCGCCUCCAGGAGUGAAGUCAAACCACUGUGUUAGCAGCACCCAAGUGACCUCUCUGGAGCACAGACCUGGGCAGUGUGUAUGGAGGUCCUGGGCUGCCCAGACAAUAAGAUCCACCUCUCAGCCUCACUGAUGUGGUCCAAAGGAAAGCAGAGCAAUACGUUUGGCACCAGCUUGGUUGCAGGAAUGGCUGGAAGGAGGCAUACAAGGCACUAUCUAACCGUCUUAGGGGAAGCACUCUGGAUUUGUGUAGGGUUUAUUCUUAAACUGCAGCAGUAGUUUAGGAUCAGAGUUGAAACUGCCUUCUUGUCUGCUGGGCCCACUAUUGGUCUCAUCUGCUCAAUCCACCAGAGCCUGUCUUUGCAUGCCGGGGAAGUCACACCAAGGGUUCAAGACCUACUGGCUACCCUCACUUGGUUUAGCUGGCCAGUUGAAGCCAUUCCUGGGGUGUGGACGCUGUCACAUGCUGACAGUUUCUAGGAGCCACAGGUGAGAGCUGGGAGCAGGGUGGACGGCAAAGGUGCACGAACUACCCCAGAAGGAGCAUGACAUUUCCCCAGCCAGAGGUACUGCCGCUCCCCUAACAUCCUAUACACCCCUCGUUGGGGUACAAAUAUAAUAAAAUAAAUAAAGUGAGCCUGAGAGUUUUUAAAAAGUGAAGCAAGGAACCUUUGCAGAGGGGAAGUGCAAGCAUUCAGAAGUUUCCAUCUCCUUCACCCAGGACCCUUUCCCUCUUAAAAUCUCUUGCUCUCUUGGCUCUCUUCUCUUCCAUUUACUUUCCCUCUUAUACACGUACCUUUCUACUAUAUUGCAACUGAACUGAGACUUAUGUCUAUUUUGGCCCUGAGGCCUUUAUCAAUAGUUCCACAUUCUAGGUGAUGCAGAGAGCAACCCAGGUAAUGGCCAAUGAGCCUAGCUCAGCAAGUGCAGCAAGAGGCUCUUAAUCUCAGGGUCGUGGGUUUGAACCCCACAUUGGGCAAAAGAUUCCUGCAUUGCAGGGGGGUUGGAUUUCAUGACCCUCGUGGUCCAUUCCAACUCUACAGUUCCAUGAUUCUAUCAUCUAGAUAAAGUGAUAAAUACAUAUUGAGACAUCUAGAUUGACAAAUAAUAUGCCAAGCUGUCUGCACCGUAGUAUUUUGGGGAACCACUGGGGAGCACUUGUCUCACAAUAAGUGUGUUUACAUAUUACAUUUAACACAAUAGCUGAGCAGCAGAAAUCAACCAGUGUACCCCCUUUCACACAAACACUUGUAAACGUGAAGAGACACCUUGUACCUGUGUUCAGUAUAAUGUGUGAACAAGCCUUUUGUGCAAGCUUGGGCACUUGUCGAUGCUUUGAAGCGUACAUACAGAAUGCUGGAUUGCAGUAGUGUUGUGAUUUAAGCAAACUGAUGAUUUUGAGUAUUUAAGAGGAACUGAAUGCAUGCAACUUCAUUCACAAAUGAAUUUAAGGUGCGGCAUAGCUUAUAUGUAGUGCAGCUUCCAGAUUUGCACCCCAUUAUGAUGUCUAUCAUCUGGAGAUGAAAUAGAAAACUAGAGGUUGCUAUCUAGACAACAGCAAACCGUGGCUGCAAAAAAUAAAGGCGCUUUUCAAGGUUCAUUAAGCACUAAUCAAUGCCUAGAUUAAGACUAAGGAAUGACAAGUCUCAGACGAUUUGAAAGGGUGUGUUUCAUGCUGUUAAGAAAUUCAAGAGCCAGACAAGGCCGUCCCGCAGUCUAUUUAAUUUAACAGAUAGUCAUCUAUUAUACAUUUCUUAGAGGACUGAGAGCGUACUGUAUGUCUUUCUCAAAACUUUAGAGCACACAGUAAAAAGAGUAGGAAAGAAAACAAUCUGAGUGAAAGGAACACAAUUUUGGAAAAGGACCAGCUUCCUUCUGUUCCCCAGCCCCCAGAAAAACCACCAAUUAAAGUGACAUUACUGCAGAACUGUGCCGGAAAGCCAAGUGGAUGCUGCUUGGAUCCAGUCAAGCAGUUCACAGACUGA